GCGGGAGGCCAACCUGUCACAUUGCGGGCUUCCCAGGACCGCGCCACGCUGCUGUAACGUCAUCCGUCAGGCAGGCUGGGGAUUGCGGGGUUCGAGACGGAGCGUUCUGGAACGCGGAGUAUUAGUGUGAAGAUUCUCCAGCUCUCCCUCACGCGGCGACGCGCUAUGUCCUGCCAGCUCUAAACUCUGAGCCCGCCGCCACUGAGAGCUCGCCCGAGCCGUUGGAUGCAGCCCGGGUGGAGCCGCCGAUAAUGCUGAGGAUGAAGCUGCCCCAGAAGAAGUGCAAGCACAGGGCGUCCGAUGAAGAGGAGGAGGACGAGGAGGAGAGGCGGCCCGCCGGCAUGCGUGGCCCCUGUGAGAUUCAGGCCGGCUGCCUGCAGCGGGAGGAGGUGUACGAGUGGUUCGUUCAGUGUCUGGGCCCCGCUCAGAGGAUGGAGCUGGCCUGCGGACUACUUGACUUGUGUAACCCGCUGGAGCUACGCUUCCUGGGCUCCUGCCUGGAGGACCUGGCCCGCAAGGACUGCCACUAUCUGAGGGACUGCGAGAGCCGGGCUAACGGGCCAAGCGGGGAGCAGCUGCUGGGGGACCUGGCGGACCCUGCGGCCCGGGCCCGCCUCAUCGUAUAUCUGGCCCUACUAAACUCCGAGAACCGGGAGGUAGCCGGUCGGCUCUAUCGUCUGCUGCUACUGCCUGCCGCCGGCCUGGAGGAGGAGGACAGGGAUCCCGGGGAGGCGGAGGCUGCCCGAGAGGAGCUACUACUGCUCUUUACUAUGGCCUCCCUGCACCCGGCCUUCUCCUUCCACCAGAGGCUCACCCUGAGAGACCGACUGGAGCAGCUCCGGGAGACCGAGUACACGAGCAGCCGAAACCAGGUAAUAUGACUACCCAUACUGCGUGCUGCUAGCCAGGUAAUAGGACUACCCAUACUGCGUGCUGCUAGCCAGGUAAUAGGACUACCCAUACUGCGUGCUGCUAGCCCGGUAAUAGGACUACCCAUACUGCGUGCUGCUAGCCCGGUAAUAGGACUACCCAUACUGCGUGCUGCUAGCCCGGUAAUAGGACUACCCAUACUGCGUGCUGCUAGCCAGGUAAUAGGACUACCCAUACUGCGUGCUGCUAGCCCGGUAAUAGGACUACCCAUACUGCGUGCUGCUAGCCAGGUAAUAGGACUACCCAUACUGCGUGCUGCUAGCCAGGUAAUAGGACUACCCAUACUGCGUGCUGCUAGCCAGGUAAUAGGACUACCCAUACUGCGUGCUGCUAGCCAGGUAAUAGGACUACCCAUACUGCGUGCUGCUAGCCAGGUAAUAGGACUACCCAUACUGCGUGCUGCUAGCCAGGUAAUAGGACUACCCAUACUGCGUGCUGCUAGCCAGGUAAUAGGACUACCCAUACUGCGUGCUGCUAGCCAGGUAAUAGGACUACCCAUACUGCGUGCUGCUAGCCAGGUAAUAGGACUACCCAUACUGCGUGCUGCUAGCCAGGUAAUAGGACUACCCAUACUGCGUGCUGCUAGCCAGGUAAUAGGACUACCCAUACUGCGUGCUGCUAGCCAGGUAAUAGGACUACCCAUACUGCGUGCUGCUAGCCAGGUAAUAGGACUACCCAUACUGCGUGCUGCUAAUAGGACUACCCAUACUGCGUGCUGCUAGCCCGGUAAUAGGACUACCCAUACUGCGUGCUGCUAGCCAGGUAAUAGGACUACCCAUACUGCGUGCUGCUAGCCAGGUAAUAGGACUACCCAUACUGCGUGCUGCUAGCCAGGUAAUAGGACUACCCAUACUGCGUGCUGCUAGCCAGGUAAUAGGACUACCCAUACUGCGUGCUGCUAGCCAGGUAAUAGGACUACCCAUACUGCGUGCUGCUAGCCAGGUAAUAGGACUACCCAUACUGCGUGCUGCUAGCCAGGUAAUAGGACUACCCAUACUGCGUGCUGCUAGCCAGGUAAUAGGACUACCCAUACUGCGUGCUGCUAGCCAGGUAAUAGGACUACCCAUACUGCGUGCUGCUAGCCAGGUAAUAGGACUACCCAUACUGCGUGCUGCUAGCCAGGUAAUAGGACUACCCAUACUGCGUGCUGCUAGCCAGGUAAUAGGACUACCCAUACUGCGUGUUGCUAGCCAGGUAAUAGGACUACCUAUACUGCGUGCUGCUAGCCAGGUAAUAGGACUACCCAUACUGCGUGCUGCUAGCCAGGUAAUAGGACUAUCUAUACUGCGUGCUGCUAGCCAGGUAAUAGGACUAUAUAUUUUAAAGCUCCAGCUGUGACAUUUCACUGGCUGUACGUCAUUAAAGCUAUAUGUUGGCCAUCAUUGAUGCUGGCUACCACUGUUGGGCCAUAACUUGCCUUUGCUAUUUUUGGUCUUACUCCUUUAUCUUCAUAAUGAUUGUUUUCAUAUUUUUAGUCGUGGGGCAAACUGGAAUGUAAAUUUUGUUGUAUUCACCUGUUAAGUAUAUUGCUCUGAAUUGUCACUCGACAUCAUUGCACAUAAACACAACCUCUUUUUAGUUACCGUAACCUCUUAAAGACACCAUUUCAUAAGUUUCUUACCCUUAAAGGACCACUAUAGGCACCCAGACCAUUUCAGCUUAAUGAAGUUGUCUGGGUGCCAGGUCCAGCUAGGUUUAACCCUUUUUGUAGUAAACAUAGUUUCAGAGAAACUGCUAUGUUUACUUUAGGGUUAAUCCAGCCUCUAGUGGCUGUCUCAUUGACAGCCACUAGAGGCGCUUCCGCACUUCUCACUGUAAUUUUCACAGUGAGAAGAGGCCAGCAUCAAUGCUUUCCUAUGGCCUGGCUGAAUGUGCGUGCGGCUCAUGCCGCGCAUGCGCAUUCAGCCGCUGAGGAGGAGGAGGAGAGCACCCUGCCCGGCGCUGGGAAAUGAGGUAAAUUUAACCCCUUCCACCCCCUAGAGCCCGGCGGGUGGGGGCACCCUCAGGGCACUAUAGUGCCAGGAAAACAAGUGUUUUCCUGGCACUAUUGUGGUGCUUUAAGAACACAAGCAAUUUUUGCAUUUUUUUUGGGUGAGGGGUGGGGGGAGGGGAGGGGCGUGUGCAUAAUAUGUCCAGCUUAGGAAAAGUAAUUCAAAAUAAAAUCAUGUCUUGAUUUAUAGAGUACAUAAUAUGUAUUGGAUUUCAUCUUAUUUUUAAAGUUACAGGUCACAAAAUACAAGGCUUAAAAUAAAUUUUUUAUGUGAAACAAUUUUAGAAGUUGGUAUGUUUGUCUUGUAAGUUUAGUAGCCGUCGCACAAAAGUAUAUAUUAAUAUAAAGUAGACAUCACACGCUAUUUACCCAAGGUUAUUUUGACACUUGAUGUAGCCAUUUCAUUGCUAACCUCUAAAGUAAAAUAGUUUUUUCUCUAUUUUGGCAUUUACACAGAUAACAAGGGUUUUUUUUUUUUUUUUUUUAAAUGUAUAUUUCGUAAAGCUGGUGUGUGCUAUUCCUGUACAGAACCCCAUAUUGUGUUCACCUACAUCUGCUGGGUAUAAUAAUACCCCUAUUGUAUGCCUUUGGCACUAUUCUGUGAAGCUACAAUGCCAUAUAAGAGACCGUGCUAUUUCAGUUUCUAUAGUUAGAAUUUUCAUAGAUUGAUUUGACGGGCCUAUGUCUCAUUUAGGGGUAUUUAUAGCUAUUUGAAUGCUCAAAUAACCCCACAAAGUCCUUCCAUUUGAGAAAGCAGACACUCCAGACUAUCUUAUAUGGCGUAUUUUUUCACCAAUUUAUGUCAAAGCUUGUUGUGAGGAGAAAAAGUGCAUUUAAAAAAAUAUAUAUAUUUUUUUACCUACAUGUUGCAUUGUGUCUGGGUAUUUCUUACACUUGAUAUGUACUACAGUCAUAAAAUUCCCCAAAUUAUGCUCAGUUACAUCUUCUGAGUAAAACAGAAUGCCCAAUGUAUGACCUAGAUACUAUUUUGUGAAGUUACAGUGCUGUAAAAGAGACGUGACAAGUUAAGGUUUUUAGAGGUGGAUUUUCAUAGAUACUGCUGAUGGUUCGUGUUCCAUUUUGGAGCACUUUUAGGAGGUGACAUAUUCCAACAACACCAUAAAGGCAUAUAAUUUAUUAAAGAAGACAUCCCAGGGUAUUUUCAAGGGCAUCUUUUGAACAUUAGCAUGGGAUCAUAUUUUUGCUAGUUUGUUCCAGGUGUAGUGGUAUAUCUAUAUAUAGAUAUAGUAAACAAAUACAUGAGAUUAUAGUAAAAUGUAGUCCGUGAUCAAUUGGCAGAGAAAAGGGGUUAAUUUUAAUAAAGGAAGGGAAAAGGGAGGUGGGAUUUAUCCCUGUAUUUUUUUUUUUUUUUUAACUGGGAUAAGCAGAUCAGCACUGAUCUGUCUCCCUGCACUUCACACUGACUGCGGAAGUACAGGGAGACGGACCAGAAGUCCCUGCAGCACAUGUGCUUGCUCUAACAGCCUGUCAGAGCGAUCACAGAUACAGGGACGGCGCGGUUGGGUGCUCCCAGUCUGCCUCGCCUACCGAGGCAGACAGGAGCAGCGUUAACCCCUCAAUUGCCACGAUCUGGGAUUAACGUUGGUUAAUUACGGAAAUUUUCUGUCAUGAGUCAUUAACGUUAGGAAAAGCAUGACGGAAAAUUUUCGUCCAGCUUUACAGUAUUGUAAAUGAACUUUAUUAUUAUUCCGCAAGGUAUUUCAAGGAUUUAUUUAUUUUGUUUAACCCCUUAAGACCGCAGGAAUUUCUAUGCCGUCGUGUGUGUGUGUGGGGGAGGAGGGGAAGGGGUACUGUGUGUGUGGGGGGUAGGGUAAAGGUGUUAAUAAAUAAAGUAUGCUAAAUCAGUAUCCCCCCCUCACUCCCUCCUUAUUACCUUUAAUGAAGGAAGGGGACACACAGCCAUCCCUGGUGGUCCGGUGGUGGCAAGCACUGCUUCCGUGUCGGGAGGCAGGGGGAGGGAUCUGUGAAGAAGCUCCCCUGUCCUCCCGCGCGAUUCUGUGUGGAGCGUUGCCAUGGUAAUGCGCGGCAACGCUCCACGCAUCUUGCUCGCUGGAGUACAGGGGAGCUGCUUCACAGAUUCCUCCCUCCCGACACGGAAGCAGAGUAGGCUCCUGCAGUUUUGGGCAGACAGGUGCCUACUCGCAUUGGUGGCGAACCUAUGGCCGCGUGCCACAGGUUCGCCAUGACUGACAUAGGGGUACUGUUUUACACGUGAGACAUCGCUGAACACAAAUGUGUAUUUUAUUGCAGUAAAAGCAAACAGUAUUAUGACAUUCUUAUUUUUCCCCAUUUUUUAUAUUUUAUUCAUAUUAAAUUAUGUUUCAUACCUAAAUAUUUGAUGUUAAAUAAAAGCCCGGUUUCCCCUGAAUAAAAUUAUAUAUAAUAAGUGUGGGUGCACAUAAUAUGAAAGAAGCGAAUUAUGCCUGAACAGACAUAUAGCGCAAAUUCCAGUUUUUGUUUACGUUUUGUUUUGAUCACAUCGUGCACAUUUGGCUCAGUCCUUAAGGGGUUAAGGUGUUUAUGUUGCUUAGUAUUGGUAUUUUUUGGAAUUCAGAACUCUAAAUCCUGUGAUUAACAGGUGCUAAAAUAUUGAAUACCUAACACCCCUGUGUUGGUACAUAACCUGGAAUCCUAUAAAUGGACACUUCAGAUAUGUUAAAUACUAAUUUGCUCUUCUGAGGCAGUUAGAUUUGUUUAAAUGCCAUGCCUUCAGUGGCAAAUGUUUAUUAGAGCUUUAAUUGUCACUUCCUGAUGCUUGAAAUUACCACAAAGUAAUUAAUGUCUUAGCUGACAUCUGCAUUUAAAAAAAAUAAAAAAUAAAAAUUCCUGCUGUAAUUGAGAUCACUCCGAGACUAGUUUUAUUUUAUUUAUCAGCAGCUCUAAACUAUAUUUACUGGUUGCGCUUUGGCGUAUUGUAAAAUAUUAGCUUGUUGAAAAAACAUAUUAUUUACACUUUCACAAAGUAUGGCCUUAUAUUUGCUGAACAAUUUAAUUGUCUAGUUAAAGUUUUAAAAAUAGCUGCUGUUAAAAGCCUCUCAGAAAUCAGUGGUCUUUGGUGCUUAAAGUACUUUGGUGCUGAGACUGAUCAUCUAAAAAGAAACACUGCAAACACUCGCUGAAGUACCGUAUAUACUCUAGUAUAAGCCGACCCGAAUAUAAGCCGAGGCACCUAAUUUUACCACAAAAAAAGGGAAAACUUAUUGACUCUAGUAUAAGCAUAGGGUGAGAAAUGCAGCAGCUACUGGUAAAUUUCAAAAACAAAAAUAGGAAAUAUUAACUUUAAUUGUUCUGAGGUCCCUAUUAACCAUGAAAUGCCCAAGCCAAAAUCAAUAAAUUGGUACAGCUGUGCUAAUAAAAGCCUUGGGGAGUUUAGCAUGCUACAUCAUAGGUCACUGACCACACUGGUAGAUUACAAUGAGCUGGAAUUUAAGUCAUUGUCUGCUACAUGUCUAACCGUGUUCAGGUUGUGGAUCCCAUCCUUAUUUGAUGCUUGUAGUUCACAAACCUUUGUACAAUACAGCUGUAUCUGACUAGGGUUCUCUUGCUGUUACAGAUGUUAGACUACACAUCACAGGAUGCUCAGCAUCACCAAACUUGUCUUUUUAAAAAAAUUUUUUUUUUUUUUAAAUAAGUGACAGUGUGAUUGGAAAGCCAGAUCAGGACUCCCGCACUGUAGUUACAGUAUCAAAGUCCUCCAACUCGUACGCAGACUGCAGUUCCAGGCAGGUGGGCGAGUUGUGUCCACAUACUGGUAGCCCAAGGCAACCCAAGCUGGGGCUGGCGACUCCUCCGUCGCAGCUCCCUUUGUCAGGACUCCUGGAGUCAGAAUGCUAUACCCACGUCACUUCCUGUGAUGCAGCCGCACCGGACGUGUUUCCCAGCUGGGGGAGGGAGUGUGCUGUGCAGGCGCAGAAGUACAGGUAGGGGAAAUUUACAUCCAGAGUACAGGGAGAAGAUGCCACCUAUUGCGCUGGCGAAACAGGCCAGCUGGACACAGAGAACAGGUGAAACUCACUCAAGUAUAAAAAAUGUGCUGAAAAAGUCGGCUUAUACUUGAGUAUAUACGGUACUUUGUUUUAUUUAUUUCCCAAAUGGGCUGAUUUCACUUUUACAAAUUACUGCUGUCACACCUCGCUGGCUGUCAAUCAGAUUUCCAUGGAGUUUUUCUUUCGCUUCUGUUAAUCAGCCUGUCAAUGCUCUCAAUAGUCUGUGCCGGUGAAAGAUGGGAAGGCUUAAAGUAGCUGCAGAUAUUAGAUCUGCAGCUUAUUGCAAUCUAAUUUUUUACAACCUUUUUAUUUUGGAAGGUAUCUACUAAAUUGUUAAAUGGUUUUAUAAUCACUGCAUUGAUGCCUAGAGUCUGUAUGAGCAGUGCUUUGCUAUGACUUGCUUAAAAUAUCUGCUGCUGGAGUUGUAGCUCCACUUCGGUCUGUUUCAGGUGGCUAAUGUGAAUCCUCUGCAAAUUUGGUAUCUAGUACGCGCAGCAUGCUGGUGCCAAACAGCCAAUGAUGGCACAACCCCUCUCCGUGCCACCUAUGUCCUCACUGUAACCCUCCUUGACCACCUUCCCAAUGUCAAGUGAUGUCCGCUUUGUAGGAUCAGGCUGAUUUUUGGUUAGAGUAACAAUUGAACUGUUUCAAGGUUGAGCAAUGCAGGACGUUGCUCAGGAGUUUGUAAUGCUAAGAAACUUCCAUCAGAUGCUAGUGGACUUGAGUAAGAAAACAAACUAUUCAUAAAUAAUUUGACUACUUACAGCAGCGGGUAGGGGUAAUGUUUACAGGACUCUCCUGUUACCAGAACCACUACAGUGAGCUCUAGUAAUUAUGGUACCUGGAGUCUUCCUUUGAGUAAUUUGGAGCAAUAAAAGUGUAUUUGUUCAGCCUGGUGUGCCUUUCUAUCAGAAUUGUUAUAAUCAUAUCUCUUGCAUCUUAAACUUGUCCCCUGUGUGUGUAUUCCAUGUUUAAAAUGGAAUAAUAAGGCAAUAAAUUGAUUUAUUUUUAUUGAUUGAACUAAAUUGCAAAUACUUUUCACCCCACCUCUCACCCUCUUACCUAUACAGUCUUCCGAGAGGCCCCAUUUUACAGGCCUACCCCUACGUCGGACCCGGCACACCCACCCGACUUAAUUUCCAAUCACAAGGUAUUUCACGAUAUUAACCGACUAUAAAUAUAUAUUCAUACACACACACACACACACACGUAUUCUGUCAAAAUGCUACAUAGCUGUCUCCUAAGCAGUAACAUGGUAGGCUGUGUAAAAUGUCAAAUCUGUGUGAAAUGUGCCAUAGCGUCAGGAGUCUAAAUGCAGCAGGGAUUGCUUCUAAAAUAGUUGGUGCUGUUGCAGUGAUGUAAUUAUGUCUUGCUACGGAAUUGCAGUGUGUGUAUCAAGUGUUAGUAUGUGCUGGUAUGUGUCUGUGUAUCAAGGUGUGUUUGUAUAUGCCAGUGUGUGUAUCUGUGUGUCAGUGUUUAUGAAUCUGACACACAGAUGCACACAAAUACACACCGAUGCACACAUCUUGACACACAGUGUACAUGUAUCGGUGUGUCACUCACUCACACACACACACACACACACACCCCUUGACACAGUGUGUGUGUGCAUGUAUCUGUGUCAAGGUGUGUGUGUGUGUCACACAUACACCUUGACACACACACACACACACACACACACAUAUAUACAUUCACACAUCUUGACUCAGAGAUACGCAGUGACACAUACAAACACACUGACACACACACACCUAUACACACACUGACAUAUAUAUACACACACACACACACACACACACUCUGAUACACACAGUGACACGUACACAAACCUUGACACAUAUACACACAUACACACACUCUCACUGACAAGCACACAUACUCUUUGACAGGCACACAUACAAACACAGAUACACUCUCACUGACACACACAUACAAACUCCUUAACAGACACACAAAAAAUUUUUAAAUUUUUUUUUUUUUUUUUUUUUUACUUUCACUCCACCCUGCCUCCCUACCUUUUGGGAGUGCUGGCAUGGAGUCUCUAUUUCCCAGGGGUCCACUGGGGCUGCUGGGCUGAACGGCUGGGGUCCAGUGGUGCCGCUGGGCUGAGCAGUGAUCUUCCUGCUCAGCUCCCUCAUGCGCCUCUUAGUGAUGCCGGAGUGACGUCAUAUUCCUACUCCGGCAUCACUGCUGUUUCGCUGUGAUAAUUUAGGCGUUGACAAACACACACACACACUGGCACAUAGUGGCGCGCAGAUACACACACCUUGACACAGUGUCAAGGUUUGUGUAUCUGUGUUUGUAUGUGCCGGUGUGUGUCUGUGUUCGAGGUGUUUGUAUAUGCCGGUGUUUGUCUGUGUAUCAAGGUGUGUUUGUAUAUGCCAGUGUGUCUGUGUAUCAAGGUGUGUUUGUAUAUGCCACUGUGUGUCUGUGUAUCAAGGUGUGUUUGUAUAUGCCAGUGUGUGCGUGUGUGUAUGAAUCUGACACACAGAUGCACACAGAUAUACGCACAGUGUGUGUGUGCAUGUAUCUGUGUGUCAAGGUGUGUGUAUCUAUGUGUGUCACACAGUGACACAUUCUCACACACUCACACACAGGCACGCACAUACUGACAUACACACACACACUCAGAUACACACAGUGACACAUACACAAACCUUGACACAGAUACACACACUGACACACACAUGCACUCUCACUGACAAACACACAUACUCUUUGACAGGCACAUAUACACUCUCACUGACACACACAUACAAACUCCUUAACCGACCCACACAAUAAAAAAAAAAUAAAAAAAAUAAAAAAAUUUUUUUUUUGUUUUUUAAAUUUCACUCCACCCAGACUCCCUACCUUUGGGACUGCUGGCAUGGAGUCUCUAUUUCCCAUGGGGUCCAGUGGGGCUGCUGGGCUGAGCGGCUGUCGUGCAGUCCCUGGGGUCCAGUGGUGCUGUUGGGCUGAGCAGUUGCCAUGCAGGUGGCGAUAGAGAAGUGAUCUUCCUGCUCAGCUCCCUCAUGCAUCGUAUUUCGGCUCCGGCAUCACUGUUGUGGCGCCGCGAUAAUUUAGGCGGUGACCCACACACAGACUCUCCCCUGCUCAACUCCCUCACCGCCCCCCUCAAUUGUCGCACCAGCCAUUUUGUUUUGCAAAAUUUUGCCGGAACCCCAUUUGGGAAAUGCUGCUCUAGUCUAUGUGGCUCUCAACAAAAUUAAACUUUAUCUAAUCUGUUUCUUUAUAGCUUCAUGUGUCUGAUUUUUCUAGACACGCAAGUUUUUAUAAAAUACGUAAUGAAAAGUAAAAACUACUUUUCCUUAUGUAUUGCAGUUAACUUGACAAAACUAGACAAUGGGUAUAGCUAGCCUAAGCAAAGUUGUGUUUUAGUUGCCAAUCAACUUUACCCACAAUCAGUCAGUAAAAUGUGUCCUACAGCAGGGUGUACAGCAUAUCUCAUGCACAGAGGAGAACAAGAUGGCUUUCCCCAGAUAUGGAUAUGUUGCUAACAUACAUGGGGCAUAAGGAAAUAAAAAAGUCCCUUUAAAUUUUUUUUAUUUAUUUUUUAUAUCUGUACAACUGUCACCUGCAUGUAGGGGGAGCGGUGUACAGUAUACACAGACCAAUACAAAAGGUAAAGAGAACCCUGCCUGUGAUCUGAGACCUAGCCAUUGAAGAACUUUUAUACAAAUUGCCUAUUUAAUCAGUGAUCUCCAAUCCUUCAAGGAACAUUAUAGGGUCAGAAACACAAACAUGUAUUCCUGACCAUAUAGAGUUAAUAUGACCAUCUAACCACCACCCCUCCCCCGACCUCUCUUUGUCUCCCUAAAUAUAAUAAAAUCUUACUUGUAUUAAAGUCUACAGCUGUUGCUUCUGCCCCUGAUCUGUCUGCUUGGAUAACAUCAGAAGUUAUGAUCUGAGACAAUCACAAUGCUUUCCCAUAGGAUUGGCUGAGACUGACAGAGGCAGAUCAGGGACAGAGCCAGCACAAGCCAAACACAGACCUGGUCAAUCAGCAUCUCCUCAUAGAGGUGCAUUGAAUCAUUGCAUCUCUACAAGGAAAGUUCAGUGUCUCCAUGCAGAGGGUGGAGACACUGAAUGUCCGUGACUGCUGCAGGAAGCACAUCUAGCAGCCAUCUGAGGAGUGGCCAGUGGAGUUAUCACUAGGCUGUAAUGUAGGCAUUGCAUUUUCUCUGAAAAGACAGUGUUUACUGCAAAAAGACUGAAGGUAAUAAUUCUACUCACCAGAACAAAUACAAUAAGCUGUAGUUGUUCUGGUGACUGUAGUGUCCCUUUAAAUUACAGAUACUAUUUCUAAAAAGGGUUUGUACUUGUCUAAACACUAUAGUCACCUAGACCAUUUAAUCUCAAUUAAGUGGUCUGAGUCCAGGUUUCCUGUUUUUCUAAUUUUGCAAUGUUCAUAUGGCGGGGUUAUAUCUACCUCUGGUGGCUGUCUUCCUUACUGGUAGCCGCAUUUGAUUGGAGGAUUGCGACAAUCUCCAAUCCAUAGAAAUGGAUUAGAGAUCACAUGUUAUGUCAACAUAUAGCCUAAAAUAACUAUUAUUUUCAGGACUAUAGGUUUCCUUUUAAUUUGCACUUCUUGCAUUUCUGAAUAAUGAAUAUGCUUGCUUAUAAUAUGCUCUGCUGUAAAGCUUGUCUCAAGCAUUGCUUUUCUAAUGUUAAGUACCGCUUCAAAUCCCUCUUCAGAAUAAAAAAAAUCUCAUUCCUUUUGUGAAUUGACUUUCUGUUGACUUUUUUUUUUUUGCCACAAAUGUCUAUGCCCUCUAUCAAAGCCCUGUGAUUUUUCCCAUUCAUGCUAACUUUCCUCACAAAGAAAAAUAAAAUGUGUGUGUGUGUAUAAAUGUUAUUUGAAAAUUUUUUUUUUUUUUACAUUUGAGCAAAAAAUUACGUGGUAAGAGGCUUAACAUUUGACUUCCAGGUGGUUUGGUAAAACAAUGUCAGAAAUGUAUGUGAGUUGUAGGCAGACUUAAAAAGUUGGACACCUCUUUAGAUACUGUAGGAUGAGUGCUUUCAGUCCAAGCUUCAUGCAUUCAGCAAAUGAUUGUGUUAUUCAAUAGGAUUCAGAUGAUAUGGGCACUGUAGUGUUAGGAAUACAGAGUUGCACUUCUAACCUUCUAGUGUCCCUUUGUCCCCCACCCCGCACUCAUCAAUUAAAUGGUUAAAAAAACCUCACGCAAUGCUUUCCUAUGUGUAUUUAGAAUACACUGUAAGUCCUCAUGGAGAUAAACUCUGGAGCAGGUAGCGCCUCUUAAAGGACCACUCUAGGCACCCAGACCACUUCAGCUUAAUGAAGUGGUCUGUGUGCCAGGUCCAGCUAGGGUUAACCCAUUUUUUUUUUUUUAUAAACAUAGCAGUUUCAGAGAAACUGCUAUGUUUAUGAAUGGGUUAAGCCUUCCCCCAAAUCCCCUAGUGGCUGUCUUAUUGACAGCCGCUAGAGGCGCUUGCGUGAUUCUCACUGUGAAAAUCAGUGAGAGCACGCAAGCGUCCAUAGGAAAGCAUUGAUAAUGCUUUCCUAUGCGACCGGCUAAAUGCGCGCGCAGCCAGCGGACGGGGAGGAACGGAGAAGGAUUGGAGGCAGAGAGCUCCCCUUUACCCCUUUCCAGAGCUGGGCGAGAGGGGGUCCCUGAGGGUGGGGGCACCCUCAGGGCACUAUAGUGCCAGGAAAACGAGUAGGUUUUCCUGGCACUAUAGUGGUCCUUUAAUUCUAACAAAACACAUGACAUACAAGAGCAGUAAGUGAAUAGUGAAACUAGUUUACAAUCUAAAGAUGUUUCAAAAGUAUGUUUGCAGGGUUAAGACAACUUUUGCGUCUGUUUUCUGACCGCUUUAGUGUUCCUUUAAUAUGUUCUUGUGAAUGAGAAAUUAUACUGCACAAUUUUUGUUAGCUGUCUUUGUAUAGCAAGUCUGUAUUUUUCUGGAAAAUUAGUCUGCACAGUUGUGUGUUUAUGAACAUCUGCUGCUGGCUCUCCUAAUACAGCUUGUCAGGAUGCUGCAUUCCAGCUGUCUAUAUGAACAGGGAAUCCUCCUGUGACAUAGCAGAGCAAAGAACUGGAACACUCUGUUACUAUUGGGCCUGCAUACUUUCCUGCAAUCCCCCUCCCGUAUUACUUGAUUCACAUAGUCUCAGAUCAGAGCUUUUAUCCAUUCUUUGGACAGUUGUAGCAUAUAUAUAUAUAUAUAUAUAUAUAUAUAAUAUAUAAUAAAAAAAAAAAAAUUUAUUCUUAUAAAGCAUCAACAAAUUUGAUACUAACAGACAAGUAUUUACGAAAAGACUAGUUGGACGCACUAGAAGGGCUAAGGGACCUGCUCAAACAAACUUAAAUUUUUUUAAACUAAUUGCAGAAGUUAUAUUUCUUUUAGUUAUGUUGUGUAGAUUUUAACCUCAGAAUUUCAUUACCUUGGUUACCCACAUCGGGCAUAUUCCCCAUUGCAGUUAGUGACCUCAUUAAAUUGGGGAUCCCUGCAUGCAUGUAAGUGUCCAAUAUUACUUUAUCUUUCUUUGGUUGCAAAGGAAGAUGAUGUGCUUUGUGUAGCGCUUUAACAUUCUCAUUACAUGAUAUCUGUGAUCAAUGAAAUUCAUAACCGUUCCAUAUUCACAGCUUGAGCGCUUAUCUGUUGCUGCUACUGGCUUAAGUAUAUCUUGUGUUGCCAAACCUAUGUAGACUCUAGGACUGAUAUUGUACAUUAAGUCUAUAUCCAUAUCGGCUCAUAAUGAUACCGAUAUGGCGGACGGAGGUGCAGCACACGCUUUCUUCAGUUCCCCGACCGCCAAAGAUUGCAGUGGGUUACCAUGGCAACACUCCAUGCGGCACACAGGGCUCACAAGAGUUUGAGAGAGGAACUGCUGGAAACAGAAGAUCGCAUGUGCAGGGUCCCAGUCACCACCAAUUCAAUGCAAGUGCCCCUCCCCCAAACCCUACCCCCUGCAUUAGUCCACCGCUGGCAGAAUAUAGCUACCGGCCACCAUUUUUGGUAUCGGUCUCUAAAAAGCGAUAUGGCCAUGUAAUAGGGUCUCACGCCACAAGUCAAUUUGUGAAAUUUCUUCCCUGAACCUGCUACACUAAACUGUGCUGUUAAGUGAAACUUCUAUAUGCAACAGUUCAGCCUCUAAGUGGCAGACCACAAAUACUCACAGAGCACAUGUGCUUUUAGUGUUGUUUGUAGCAGGAAUAAAAUAACUUUUCAACUGUUGCAACUAGAGUUGAGCGGACACCUGGAUGUUCGGGUCUGGCGGGUUUGGCCAAACUUUGGGGGAAAAAAGUCCGGGUUCUGGAUCGAACUUGACCCCGAACCCCAUUGAAGUCAAUGGGGACCCGAACUUUUGGGCACUAAAAUUCCUCUAAAAAAAGUCCUGGAAAGGGCUAGAGGGCUGCAAAAGGAAGUAAAAUGGGGGUAAGAAUAGGACAAGUGCCCUGCAAACGUGGAUAGGGAAGUCCCUAUCCCUAACAUAAAAAUAAAAAAUACAGCUGAGCCAUAAAAUAGCACUAGAUGGAAUCUUUGAUUUUAGCAUUGGAAGAACAUAAAUCAAAAUCUAAAGCAUGGCUGUCAGGAGGAUCACCGGAGAGGGUUGGAGUGCAGGGUAUUCUCUUUCAUUGUUCAUACUGAGCUCUACUCCUGAUUCAUGGAGAAAAGGGCAUUCACAAGCCUCUGCUAUUGUGUACAUAGUUUAUACUAAGUGACCCAUAGGAUGAGGAGGCGGUGACCGUGGUGGUUUAGGUGGAAGCGGCGGAGGAGGUGGUAGCCAACACUUUAUUUUUUUUUUUUUUUUUAAUUGGGGGUAGCCCCCAAAAUAUUGGGACAUAGGAAAAAAAAGAAACAUUUGCGGCCUGUGGUGCAUUUCUUGCAGUCCUGAUGCAUGGAGAAAUGCUCAACUCUUGAUGCGUGGAGAAAAGGCUUUCACAAGCCUCUGCUAUUGUGUAUAUAGUUUAUACUAUGUGACCCAUAGUUUGAGGAGGCGGUGACCGUGUAGGUGGAAGAGGAGGAGGUAGCAAACACUGUUUUUUAUUUGUUUUUGUUUUUUUAAUUGGGGUAGCCCUCAAAAUAUUGGGACAUAUGAAAAAAAAACUGUUCUGCAGAGCAACUGACCCGUGCUGCAGCUGAAACUCCACUAUCGUCUGCUGCUGCUCGCACAGUCUCAUGAGGCAGUGAGCGGGAAGGCCGAAGUUAUGCUGCAGCGCAGACAGGCAAGCAGCAGCAGGGUGUGAACUCCAAAAGCGCGCACAGACGGCCUGCACUUUCUGCAGUAGCUUUGAUAUAUCUGGGUAGGUUUUCAGGAAUUUUUGCACCACCAAAUUCAGCACAUGCGCCAGGCAAGGGAUGUGUGUCAAACCGGCUAGGCCCAGAGCUGCUACGAGAUCUCGCCCAUUAUUGCACACCAUCAGGCCGGGCUUGAGGCUCAGUGUCAACAACCACUCAUCGGUCUGUUGUUCCAUGCCCGUCCACAGCUCCUGCGCGGUGUGGGGUUUCCCCCCCAAACAUAUGAGUUUGAAAACAGCCUGCUGUCGUUUCCAUUUGGCUGUGCUGAAGUUGGUGGUGAAGGUGUUACGCUGACCAGAUGAGGAGGAGGAGGCGGAGGCAACAGGAGGCAAAGCUCUGUACCCAAAUAAAGAUUGUCAAACGUUGUAUCCUGGAACUGUGUCCAAUCUGGUUACUGGGGAAAUGGGUCUGACCUAUUUUAAUCAAAGGGGAUAACCAUCGGUUACCCAGGUCCCGCUUCAGUUGGUGGCAAGCGGCGGGAUCCCAUGUCCCUGCCAACAGACCCAUGGACUACAGUGCUCUAAAGCGACCUACACUGCAGGACUUGUGUGGAGCCAGAGGAAUAACGCCUGGUGGGCGUAACAAGGCAGAAUUGACUGCUGCGCUCAUGGAGAACUACCAGGCACGCAGUGAGGCAACAAACCCCAGUGAGGGGCCGGAGAUGAGGAGGAAGUGCGCAAGGAGGUGGAAUGGCGCCUGGCAUAUUACUGAGAGCCGCCAUCAGAGGAGAUUGUCAGCAGGACCUCUUUGGAGGUGCAAGCCUAUGUCCUUGCCAGUAGACAGAGGGCGGCCUCCAUGAACCCAGAUGAAGGAAGAAGGGAGCAGAGGGUGCCGGGAAGCACAACCAAGCUACCAUACAAUGCCUUCAAAGUGUUCAAUAAAGCAGAAGGCGGCAUCGAUUACUUUUUACAAGACUUUGAGCGUCAGUGCCUACUCCAAGACGUAGACCCCAGCGACUGGGUCACCAUCCUGGCCAGCAAACUAGUGGAGAAGGCAGCGGAUAUUUACCGGGCUGUACCAGAAGAGCAGAUCAGAGACCCUUUAUUACCCAAAUCCUGGCCCGGUAUGCGGUCACCCCCGAGCAAUACCGCCGAAAGUUUAGGGAGACCUGGAAAGGGGAGAAGGACUCCCAUACAGAGUGGGCAUGCCGAAUCACAAGGGCCACCAGAACUGUCUCAACUCCCAUCAAGCCAAGUUCCCCGAGGAGAUCACCCAGCUCGUCAUGCUAGAGCACUUUUUCAAUGGGCUUCCCAACGACAAGGCAACAACACAUUCGUAUGUGAUCCAGAUCAACUUUCGAUGCCACUUACUGCGCCUACCAUGGUGACCACGGGUAACGGGGAACCAGGGUUCGAUUCCGGAGAGGGAGCCUGAGAAACGGCUACCACAUGCAAGGAAGGCAACAGGCGCGCAAAUGACCCGCUUCCGACGUGGGAAGGUAGUGACGACAAAUAAGAGGCCCUUUAAUUGUAAUGAGUCCACUUGAAAUCCUUUAACUCUGAUCAAUUGGAGGGCAAGUCUGGUGCAGAGCGACUGACCCAUGCGUACUGCAGCUGAAACUCCACUAUCGCCUGCUGCUCGCACACUCUCUCCAGCAUGUGCAAGGUGGAGUUCACCUUGUGGGCACAUCGCAUAUGAGGCGGUGAGCGGAAAGGCCAAAGUUACGCUGCAGUGCAGAUAGGCGAGCAGCAGCAGGGUUAGAACGCUGAAAGCGCGCACAGCCACUACAGUGAAUGUCACAUCCUGUUCCAAGUUGCGGAUCAGUCUGGUGAUGGCUUCUGGUAUCCAGUACUCUUUUUACUGAAGCUGCAUCAGGCUCCUGGUAUGUGGCUGCACAAACGGUGGUGGUCAACACCAGGGGGCAUGCGGUUACCCUGCACUAGACCCUGCUAAUCCAUUCCACACUGUGACUCUUAACUUCAACAUCAGGCAUACUGGGUCCUGGUCGUCCGACCGCCGCCCUGUCACCGGGCUGCGAGACUGCGAAUGGCUCGUUAAAUCUGUUAUGGUUCCUUUUAUCGCUCUAUCUAUUACUUGGAUAACUGUGGGAAUUCUAAAGAUAAUACAUGCCGACGAGCGCUAGGGGACGCUUUUGCACACUGCUCCCUCUUAUGCUGUGCUGGUGCCUCUGUGCGACCAGCACCUCUUCCUCCAAACUGCACACGUCACUUGCAUGACCUUGAUUCCACAUGGAAUCAAGGUCAUGCAUCAUCCUCCACAUCAUCUUCCACCCACUCCUCAACUCUGCCCUCCUUGCAGCAUGUAAAGUCUGCAAAGGAAAUAUGGAAAUUGUUUUAGAAUUGUAUCCAGGCAACCGUUUUUAUAAACUGACCUCUGUUUGACUUGUGAGGGUAUUGCCCCCGAAUUACAAUAUUGUUAUAUUGGUAUUUGACAGUUCUAUUUGACUGUCAGAUAUGAAGUGCAGGCCACAAAUGUACUAUUUAGCACCCCAAAAAAAUUGAAUUGGUCAAACUGCGCUGUAACCACUGUAUUUGACGGUUCUAUUUGACUGUCAGAUAUGAAGUGCACACCCCAAAUUUACUUUUUAUCACCCAAAACAAUUAGAAUUUUUCAAAGUGCACUGAAAGCACAGUAUUUGACUGUUCUAUUUGACUCUCAGAUAUGAAGUGUAGGCAUCAAAUUUACUUUUUAGCACCUAAAGAAUUAGAAUUUUUACAACUGCAAUGUAAGCACAAUAUUUGACGGUUCUAUUUGACUCUCAGAUAUGAAGUGCACCUCAGGCCGCAAAUGUACUAUUUAGCAACCAAAAAAAUAGAAUCUUUAAAACUGUCACAGCACUAUUUGACAGUUCUAUUUGACUCUCCGAUAUGAAGAGCACGCCCCAAAUAUACUACCGGUACUUAGGAGCAAAAAAAUGGGAAUUUGUCAAAGUGCACUGUAAACACAGUAUUUGAUGCUUCUAUUUGACUCUCAGAUAUGAAGUGCAGGCAUCAAAUUGACUUUUAAGCACCUAAAGAAUUAGAAUUUUUACAACUGCAAUGUAAGCACAAUAUUUGACGGUUCUAUUUGACUCUCAGAUAUGAAGUGCACUGCAGGCCGCAAAUGUACUAUUUAGCAGCCCAAAAAUUUGAAUGUUUAAAAAUGCUAUGUCACAACACUAUUUGACAGUUCUAUUUGACUCUCAGAUAUGAAGUGCAGGGCCCAAAUUUACUAUUUAGCAGAUUAGCACCCAGAAAAUAAGAAUGUUUACAAUUGCGCUGUAACCGCAGUAUUUGACGCUUCUAUUUGACUCUCAGAUAUGAAGUGCACCCCACUAAUGUACUUUUUAGUUCUUAAAAAAAUGUUUUAAAACUGAAAUGUGACAGCCGUAUUUGAUGCUUCUAUUUGACUCUCACAUAUGAAGUGCAACCCACUAAUGUACUAGUUUGCAGAAUUCUUUCCUAAUCUGUCCCUGAAAGCUGCAGCAUCCUCUCCCAUCACUAAUAAGAGCUCAUGUGCGUGCGGCACUAUGCGACUCCAGCUUAUAUAUAGAGCCUGGGUCACAUGCUGCACUGGCCAAUCACAGCCAUGCCAUUAGUAGGCAUGGCUGUGAUGGCUUCGAAGGGCACACGAGUCAAACGCUUGUUGAUUGGCUGCCCUGCAGCCUUUCAAAAUGCGCCAAUAAAUCGCAGAACACCGAACUCCAAUCUGAACAUAAAGCGUAAUGUUCGGUACGAACCCGAACUUUACAGUCCGGGUUUGCUCAACUGUCUCUGGAAUUAAGAUUAGCACAUGAACUCUGAGUUGGGAGCUUUGUGAAACAAAUGGGUUUCCAUGACUGAGCAGUUGUACACAAGUGUUUUCUGGAGAGGAGAAAAGUAUUCUGCCCCUGGACCAUCUGGCAGGCCAAAAGAAAAAACUAGGUGUGGAGGAUGCCAAGAGAAUGCUUCCUACUGGAUUGCAUAGUGCAAACUAUAAACUUUAGUAGACAGGUGAAAGGGGUGGGUGGGGGGGGUUGGGGAGUGUAGUGGUCUGGAGCUGUAUUUUAGGGUUUGAGUUAGGUCUCUUAUUUCCAGUGAAAGGUCAUCUACAGGAUACAAAGACAUUUUAGACAGCUAAGUGCUUCCAAUUUUGUUUUAAUAGUCGGGCAAAUGCCUUUUCUCUUUACCAGCAUGGCUGCAUCCAUGUACUCAGUGAGGUCCAUGAAGACGUGGCUUAACGAUUUGUCAUAAACGCAUCCUACUGCAAGAGUGUGCGUGAUGUAGUUGUGGUGGCGAAAUGGUUAAAGUUCACUAUUUGUCUGCACUAGACCAGAAAAAAAAUUAUAAAAUCUCCCUUAACACCACCUACAGCUAACCAUAAUAUAAAUAUUACUAUUUUGACGAUUCAUAAAUGGGGUGCCUUGGUCCCCCAGGUAAACUGAACAAUAACCUACAAAAUACUACUUGGCACAAUACCUAUGCAAUUGCAAAACACUUAUUAAUUAGUCUCUUCAGGUAACAGGAUUCUUUACCAGAUAAAGGCAGGACUUAAAGGAAUUCCUUUAUUAUGAGCAAAAAAUAGUUACAGUGCAUACAAAAAUAUAGAUGGCAAUUAAAUUAGUUACACCAACAACAGAUAAAAACAAAAGGGAUAGAAUAACAGAAGUCCUAAUGACUUACUCAGGUUUUCAAAGUCAAACUUCUGCCCACGGGGUCUCUGUUAAGAAAGGUGGUGACUUACUCAGAAUUAGAUUCUGGCCCCCGAGCAAGUCCAAUCCACACUUAAGUAUCAUUAGAUAUAUACCCUAUUGAUUACCAAGCAUCGUCAAGAGGUAGCGAUAAGGCGUAACUAUAAGUGACCAACAUCAAUAAAAAAUGGAAACAUUUGGUUCUAUCUCCUCUUAUGUAUUUGCCACAGAAAUAAUUGUAUCUAUGAAUUUACCAUUUUCAGAAUCUAUAUAGAUGUCACACUCCUUACUUGUGACCCAAUAUAGCUGACACCACAGUUAUGUACAUCAUUUGGGCUUGAUUAGAAGAUUGUGCUUGUCCCAUUCUAAAUAUAAUAAAAAUGAGGUUUAAUUAUUAAUCUGUGGGUAAGUAUUAAUGUGUCUUUUGGAUAUGAUACUGGAACAUAAGGCUAAUGGUCAUUAACAUAUCAAAGGACCCCCUAUCUAAGAUGGAAUCUAGACAUACGGCAAAUUAGAGAGUUAGUUUAUAUUUAAACCAGACUUCCAGGCCACUUAUGUGUGACUUCUCACACCUUGCAGAGCCUUUGAUUAAUCAAAGGAUCAAUCUAUAUGGUAAACCAACCAUCUGACCCCUUUCACAUUACUAUGCAAUUUGCAUUAUCCCUUCUGUCAUCUGACCUUGCAACCAAGUGGCCAAUUCAUAUAUGCACUACACAAAUCACAUUAAAUGGCAAUAUUAUAUUUUGCAACAAUGAAUUAUGCAUCCUUGGGGUGAUAGUUUGGUGUUGAUUAACUUCACUGGCCUUAGAGAGCCUGACCCUAACCCCACUGAACACCCUUGGGAUGAGUUGGAACUCUGACGAUCAAGGUCUUACAAAUUCCCUCAGACGAAAUCCAAAAUCUUGUGGAAAGCCUAGUCAGAGUUGCCAUUGUUGUUGGUACAAUGGAAGACCACUCCAUAGUAAUGCUAAUGGCUUUGGUAUCUCCAACAAGCUUGGGUGUUAUGGUCAGUUGCCACAUACUUUUGUCCAUAUAUUGUAUUUAUUUGCAUAAAACUUGAUUUAUGAACCCAUGCUUAUUGCCUAGUGUACUUCUGCUCAAUAAGUAAGCUGUACCCCAGUAUAGCUGAUUACAUGUACUUCAAAAGCACAUUCACAGGUGAAGCUCACAGUCCGCUGUUUCCUGAUUUAAGCUUCGGACUGAAGUGGAAGUAGGUUGGCAAAGCUUCUUCAAGCCAGACUCAAAACUGUGAUGUUUAGCCUCUUAAGAUAAGCUGGGGCCCAGGGACUCUUUCAAACCAUAAUAAGUUAAUUCCGUUACUGUGCAUAUUUAAUGUUCCUUGCUUAUGAAAUUGACACAUUGUGUAAGAAUAUGUCGGUCUCUAGAAAAUAAUGUUGCUCCAUGCAAGCCCUCAUGCUCAUGGUUCUGUAAGCAUUUCAAAUGCCAGUAGCAACUGUUCUUGAUGUUUUAAUCAUGUAAAUUAAUAUCUGUAAGUAACAGAGCUUUCAUAUGUCAUAAAACAAAAUUUUAAAAUAUGUGUGUGUUUAGCCCUCAAUGUAGACAUUGCAGUUUCUAUAGUUUUAUUUUACAUUGCAGGGUUAAAAUGACCGGACCACUUCACUUUAACUUUGUCAUAUUCUAGAAUUACAAAUAACUUUUCCUGUUCAACAUCUCUUUUAGAGAUGGUAUGAAAAUUCCAUAGUUUUUUUUCUUUUUUUUGUUUUGUUUUUGACUUAUAGGAGUGUAUUAUAAGUCAUGGUUAAGUGCUUAUUUACCAGUGCUCUGUGUAAAAGUUGUAUGUGUAAUCUCCUAAGAGGCUAGCAGUUAACUUUUUUUUUUUUUUUUUUGUAGAGGUGCCUGCAGUUGAAAAUCUCUUUUGAGGUGCACCAACAAUAUCAUUAUCUAUGUUUCUAAUAGCUUCCUUUUCAAAUGGUUGCAGUUUCUAACAGUCGUAUUUCUUCCACUAACUCUACAUCACUGGGAAAACAUCAGUUUGUUCCCGAUGAAUUGGCCUGAGCUGACUAUAUCUUUUGCUUUUGUUGAAACUGAAAUAACUUUUUAGCAGAACAAAACCUUUUUCUAGUCAACAAAAAACAUUAAUUUGCGAUGUUGAAGUGAACCUGUCACUCCAGGUUCAACAUUAGCUAUAACAGUUCCUAUAGCAGUAAAUAAAUAAUUUACCAUAAAAAUAAAAUAUAUAUUAAUUGGCUUUGUGAGCUGUUUUUGCAUUCGUUAAUACUGCCCUUAUCUACAAUUCUGCUAGGGGUCACUUGACUAAGCAGGUCAAUCUCCACUGAUGCCAAUCUGCAGGCUUUACGGCGAGUGCAACAGUGUCACAAUAUCCUAUCAUCCUUGAGCAAAUGUGAGAAACACUUGCUCGAGGGUAGCCGUGACAGAUGGCAUAGAGCUACCUGCAGGGAAGGUUCUCUUGCUCUUCCCUGUCACUCAGCUCUCUACUGCGUUGCAGACAUAUUAAUCAACGUGUGGAGAUUGAUCACAAUUUAAGCACCAUGUAACACGUAAAAAGGCUACUCCAACUGUUUCAUAAAACAGUUUUUUAAUAAAAUAACUUGCUCUCUGCCCUAUUUUUACCCUACUAACUUCGCUCCUCCACAUGGAAGGUGGAGUUGUCAGGGUGGACAUGCUAUGAAUAGGACAAGGGUUAGCACAGAGUUGGUAAAGGGGAGUUUUGCGGAUUUUGUACAGAAAUAACGAUUGCCACCGGAACUCUAUUUCCAGAUUGUCUAAUGACACCGCUAUGAUGCUGCUGGGAGUAGAGUUAUCCCUCCAGCAGCAGAUGGGUUAAUUUCCGUAUGUAUAGUGUUUCAAAGUGAAAUGCACUUACUGACUCAAGGCACCAUGACUACUUCAAAUCAAUAAAAUCAUGGUGUAUGGUCAACUUUUUAGGUAAAAUAGGGCCAUUGAUUCCAACGUUCCUUUAACUUAUUAAGCCAUUUUAUGCUGCCCUGAAAAAAGCGGGCUUUAAUACAGUUAGGGUGGCAUAGUAGAUGCUAACUAUCGGCAGCCCUCACAGCAAUUUAUACUUCCCUUCUGUGGCAAUCCUGAUGAGGGGGACAACUCUGGAAACCAACCCAGCCUCUCCGGGUCAUGUGAUCGCACUGACAUCUUGAUCACAUGUGUGGAUCGGCACUGAGCUGCACUGCCUGCAGGGGGGAAUAAUGGGAGGGGGGGGUUGGAAUAAAACAAAAAUUAAAGCAUUUAAUACAUCUAUGGCAAAAUUAUAUAUAUCUAAUUUCAUUAUAACUAUGUUUUAGGAUUUUUUUCUCUCUCUCUCUCUCUCUCUCUCUCUUCACCUCUGAGAAGUUAAAUUGGCACAGUGGCAUUUUGCCGUGCGUGCGCAAUAGACUUCCAAUGCUUUCCUCUCACACACAUAGACAUACACACACUCUCACAUACAUAGACAUACACACACACUCUCACAUACAUAGACAUACACACACUCUCUCACAUACAUAGACAUACACACACACACACUCUCUCACAUACAUAGACAUACACACACACACACUCUCUCACAUACAUAGACAUACGCACACACUCUCUCACAUACAUAGACAUACGCACACACUCUCUCUCACAUACAUAGACAUACACACACACUCUCUCUCACAUACAUAGACAUACACACACACUCUCUCUCACAUACAUAGACAUACACACACACUCUCUCUCACAUACAUAGACAUACACACACAGUCUCACAUACAUAGACAUACACACACUCUCUCACAUACAUAGACAUACACACACACUCUCUCACAUACAUAGACAUACACACACUCUCUCACAUACAUAGACAUACACACACACACUCUCACAUACAUAGACAUACACACACACUCUCUCACAUACAUAGACAUACACACACACACUCUCACAUACAUAGACAUACACACACACUCUCUCUCACAUACAUAGACAUACACACACUCUCUCACAUACAUAGACAUACACACACACUCUCUCACAUACAUAGACAUACACACACUCUCUCACAUACAUAGACAUACACACACACACUCUCACAUACAUAGACAUACACACACACUCUCUCACAUACAUAGACAUACACACACACACUCUCACAUACAUAGACAUACACACACACUCUCUCUCACAUACAUAGACAUACACACACACACUCUCUCACAUACAUAGACAUACACACACACUCUCUCACAUACAUAGACAUGCGCGCACACUCUCUCUCGCACACGCACACUCUCUCUCUCUCUCUCGCAUGCACGCUCACUCUCUCUCUCUCUCGCAUGCACGCACACUCUCUCUCGCAUGCACGCACGCACACUCUCUCUCGCAUGCACGCACACUCUCUCUCGCAUGCACGCACACUCGCAGGCGCGCACGCUCGCUCACAAGUAAUUACUUAUUUAAAUCCACCCAGGCUCCUUACUUCUAGAGACCUGGAGUGGAUAGGCUUUGCCUGGGGUCCAGUGGGGCUGCUGUCAUCUCCCUAUUCAGCUCCGUCUCACGCACUGUUUAGUGAGGCAUGGGCCGGAGUGAUACCAUAACCCAGCUCCCAGCAUCACUACAAGCCGCGUGAUGGAGCAGAGCAGGGAGAUUACAGCUCCCUCACUGCGGCAUUAAGUCAUCCGUCCGCCCGCCUCCCUCUGCCCUCCAUUACUUGUUGGUAAAUUCCUAGUUGGUAAAAGCUGAUGUUGUCGUGCUAUAUCUUCUGAGGGAGGUAGGCUAUACUUUGAGUAAGUAAAAAUAACUACAGUACAUUCUAAACCAUUUUACUUGUAUAAUACUUGUUAAUCUCAAAUAGAAAACUGAUUCCAGACUGUAUUUAAUGGUAUACAAUAAUGGUAUCUUUAGAAAAACCAUUUAAUGGCGAAAAAAACUGUAUAUAAUAUGUGUGGGUACAGUAAAUGAGUAAGAGGAAAAUUACAUAUAAACGCAAACACAGAAAUGUUAACAGCCCUGGUCCCAAACCGUAAGAAAAUUGAAAAACUGUCUGGUCACUAAGGGGUUAAAGUAUUUAGUAGGGCAAAAAAAUCCUCAGACAUUACUUUGAGACCCUUGCUAUGUACAGUCAGAAAUGUUCUGCUAAUAAACGCUUGGCAUACAGCCUCCAAAGGGCGAGUACGCUGCAGCUGAUGUGUGGCGCAGAACGGAUAGCCCUUUAUCUUUUUGUGUGUUGGCCUAAAAUGUUUUCAAUUGGGGAAUUAGAAUUGGACACAUUUCUGUAUCUAUGUACGGUGAGUAUUAAGUGUCUGUGUAUUGAAUUGUAUUAUAUCUAAGGAAGAUUUUAAAAAAAAAAGUGAGGGGCUAAAUCUUUAUCCUCUAUUAUUAUAUUAAAUAUGUAAUUUUGCCAUAGUAACAUUUCUUGGUUUUUAUAUAUUUUUUUCAAUAAAAUUUUGCAGUUUACUAAUGCGUGGCUAUUAUGUUAGGUGUACUUUAUAUGUAAGCAGGGAAUUUUUUUAAUGGGAUGCUGUUAAUAGAUUUUUGUCUGAUCAUCUGCUGCUGUAAACUGCUUGUAAUGUUAGAAGGCCUAUUUUACUGACAUCCUAAGUACCAAGCCAAGUAGUUUGUUUUUCUACUGAUUGCUGAAUGGAUUCGAUUACAUUUCUGUGUGGGUGUGUGGACUAGCACACUGAACUGUGCCUUGUAUAUAUUUCUGCUUCCCAUUUACAUGGUUUACAACUAUUGUGUUAAAAUUUUAUGUGCAAAUCUUUUUUUUUUUUUAAAGAAAAAAUUCCAGGGAUUUGGGGAUUUUUUUUUAAUAUGGCAGGUAUUCUGCUGAUAUUUUUAUAUAAACAAGCUGCUUUCUGUUAAAGGACCACUAUAGGCACCCAGACCACUUCAGCUCAAUGAAGUGGUUUGGGUGCCAGGUCCCUCUAGUUUUAACCCUGCAGCUGAAAACAUAGCAGUUUUAGAGAAACUGAUAUCUUUCACUGAGGGUUAAUCCAGCAUCUAAUGGUUGUCUCACUAACAGCCACUAGAGGCCACCUCUGUGAUUCUCAUUGUGACAAUUACUUAGAGAAGACGCUGACGUCCAUAGGAAAGCAUUGAGUAAUUCUUUUCUAUGGGUGGUUUGAAUGCGCACCUUGCUCUUGCUGUGCAUGCGUCGGCAGGAGGAGGAGAGGUCACCAGCGUAGAGGGAGACUGGUGCUAGAGAAAAGUGGCUGAAGGGUGGGGUGGGAUGGGACCUAAGGACUACAUAGUGCCAGGAAAACGAGUUUGUUUUCCUGACACUAUAGUGCUCCUUUAACCCCUUAAGGACGGUGGGCGUUAUAUGCCGUCCUUGGGGACCCAGCUCUAAACGCCGGUGGGCGGCAUAGAAUGCCCAAGCCGUCCUAUGUACUUACCAGGUCGACGGCGAUCCCACCGACGAUAUCGUAAGUGAAAGUGACUUUUUUUGCAUUUUUCACACACAAAUGGCACUUACACGGACGAUAUUGUUGGGAUAAGUUUUAAUGUUUUGAAACACUAAUAUUUGUGUUCAGCGAAGUCUCCAGAGUAUAACAGUACCCUUCAUGUACAGGUUUUAUGGUGGUUUCAAAAGUUAGAGUAAAAUAUAAGGCUAUGAGACCGUACGGUAGCCUUGGAAUGAAAAUUACCCCCAUGAUGGCAUACCAUUUGCAAUAGUAGACAACCCAAGGUAUUGCAAAUGGGGUUUGUCCAGUCUUGUUUAGUAGCCACUUAGUCACAAACACUGGGCAAAUAUGUUUUUUGUUUUUUUCACACAAAAACAAAUGUGAACACUAACUUUGGCCAGUGCUUGUGACCAAUUGGCUUCUAAAAAAGACUGGACAAUACCCCAUUUGCAAUACCUUGGGUUGUCUACUUUUGCAAAUGGUAUGCCAUUAUGGGGGUAAUUCUUAUUCCUGGGCUACCUUACGUUGUCAAAUGCAACGUAACCAAUCUGUAGAAUUUCAAUGUGAAAAAAAUGAAAAAUUUAACAUGCAAUAUUUGACCCUGUAUCUUCCCAAAACAUCAUAAAACUUGUAAAUAAGGGGUACUGUUGUACACGUGAGACAUCGCUGAAUACAAAUGUGUAUUUUAUUGCAGUAAAAGCAAACCGUAUUAUGACAUUCACAGUUAAAAUGUCACGUAGAACUAAAAAAAAAAUUGUAAUUCUUAUUUUCUCCCAUUUUUUAUAUAUUUUAUUCAUAUUAAAUAGGGCUUUUAUUAGAUACUUAGGUAUUAAACUGUUUCCCCUGAAUAAAAUGAUAUAUAAGAAGUGUGGGUGCACAUAAUAUGAAAGAGGCGAAUUACGCCUGAACAGACAUUUAGCACAAAUUCAAGGUUUUGUUUUGAUCACAACGUGUACAUUUGGCUCAGUCCUUAAGGGGUUAAGUCAAAUAGUUUUGACUUCAUAAAAGCUGCAUUUAUAAACUGAAAAUGUUAAGAUAUUUUGAAGGAAAAAAAAAAUACAAGUUUGCUUCCAUUUUGCAAAGCACAUAAAUUUGUUUUAGAGGAUCAUGGACAUUUUUUUCCGAAGAGGCUUUACAUUUUGUGGGGAAAAUACUACAUCGUUGCAAUAUAUAUAUAUAUAUAGUGUGUAUUUUUUUUUUUUUUUUAGCCUCUAACAUUUUUAUUCAUUUAUUUUAUAUUUAUAUCUUUCCAGGAGAGAAUCCAUGAGUAUAUGCCAAGCCCUGAAAACCAUGUGGUUGAAAACAAGAAAACCACUCACAAUGGAAUUACAGUGACAUCUCAUAAGCUCCAGCGGGAAGGUAUUUACAAAAAGUUGCAAUCUAAUUUUAAAGGCACUAUUUAUGUUUAUGCAUUCUAUCUUUUAUUGAUUUUGUCAUUGCCAAAAUUCUGGAUAUCACUAAACUUUUAUAACACUUAGAGGUAAACAAUUACUCUGCAGAGAUAGUUGUUUUAUUUAGUCUCCCUUUAGGAAUCAAAAUGUGCUCUGUUGAAAAUAUCUUAUUUGUAGUCCGUGACCCAUUGAAUUUCAGAGCCAGGGCCAAAAUAUAGGAACAAUGCAAAAUUGUAAAACCUAAAGCAACACAUAUAUUUACAAUUAACACAUAGGAACACACAAUAGCUACUCCUGCCUACAUAUGCACAAAAAAACACAAUAAACUAUCCGAUCCAUAUUCACUCUUAUAAACAAAUAUGCACACAUUCAUAUGUAAGCUGAUGUAAACAUGAUUUUUAAUUCUUCUUUAUCACCCUGCUGCUUAAAUUUGUCAGUGCUGAGAAAAGGUGAUCAGGAGAUGCAAGUCCUUGUGACUUUUAGGCUGUGUAAUGUGCAUAUGGGAUGACACAAGCGUCUGAGAUCCACCUGCUCUCACAUACACAUCCUGAUCCCAUGUUGGAAGAACACAAAUAAAUACUAAUCAAAUCAUUCUGGCUACAAGUCAAGGAGCCAUCCUACAGCCACUUCUGUUGGAGACCAAAAUUGGCCAGUUAUAGAGAUCUAUUGAUCUCCCGUAAGGAUGGAAAAAAUAUUUCUUAAACCCUUAAGGACUAAAGUUCUGGAAUAAAACGGAAUCAUGACAUGUCACACAUGUCAUGUGUCCUUAAGGGGUUAAACACCAGUCUGUUUUCUGUGUCACCAUGGUACUUUUUUUUUGUUUUGUUUGUUUUUAAUAUUGCACUUUAAUUUUGCAGCUGUUCACAUUGAGAAAAUAACUUUUAAAGGAGUACAAAGAAAAAGGUCUGACAAGAAUGCAGAGUACACAUUUAUGGUAAGCCAGUAUUGGUUUGUUGUUGUUGCCAGUGUUUGAGUGUAGUAGGUGAAGCGUAUUAAAGGACCACACAAGGCACCAUAACUUCACUGCAAUGAGGUUAUCAUCAUGUGAGGAGAUCUUUGACAACCUCUUAUCUUAAGGGGUUAAACCUUGACUGGAAAUCAGUCCGGAAGCCUCAGACCUGACGUUACUGUGAGCGUCCACUGUCGCUCUCAGACUUUUACUAGCUCCCAAUUCAGUAGACUGAGGGGAAAGAUAUGUAUGCUAUCAGCCCAUCAGUGGCACCCAAUAUGAGCAAAAACAAACAAUGGUGAACCAUGCCCCACAAAAGAAAAUACAUCUGUAAAAUAGUUAGGUGUGUGUGUAUGUAUGUAUGUAUGUGUGUGUAUGUAUAUAUAUGUAUGUAUGUGUGUGUAUGUAUAUAUAUAUAUAUAAUUUUUUUUAUUUAUUUUUUUAUUUUUUAUUUUUUUUACAAGCAGAAGGAUACAUCUUAAAAAAGAGAUCAUAGACAAAAAUGGUGCAGUAUAUUUAAACAGGAUGAAUGGGGAUACCAAGUAAACACACUAUAUAGAGAUACUAAAAAGUCUGCUUUAUUUUUUAAAAUAUUAAGGUGUGCCUUAAAAGGAGUUGGAGUAACCCUUUAACUGUAUGGAUCGUGAUAUUUGUUGUGCCCAUUUUAAGCUGUUAAAUAUUCUGUUUGAUAGUUUCUAAAAUUAAGUUGAAAAUUAACAUUGUAGGUCAAAACCCUAAUUCUGAAAGACCUUCUCUGUAAGAAUUUUACUUUGUUGCAACUUGAUUCACCUUUUUGUUCUAAUUCAGUGGAAGUGUGAAUACUGCCUGUGUUACUAAAGAAGCCAGUGAUUAUUGCAGCAUCAGCGACCUUUACAAAGCACAUUGCUUAACUACUGAGUCAGACUGUUUUCUGGUAUUCUGAUGCUGUUUCUGAAACUGGAAGUCCAGUCAUUGUACUUAGUAUAGAGAAUGACACUGACCGUAUGGAUUCUAUUCGAACCCUUCACAUGCUUCGGUCCUACACAUUGUUUGUCAGCAGUGAACUAUGUUUGCCUAAUUGCAAAUUUGGUCUCUCAAACUAAUAGAAACGUUUAGAGUUGUGAUUUUGCUCCAUAAGCUCUGCUCUCUACUUAAACAUUAUUUAGUGUGACCAAAAGAUCGAUUCCCAAAAAUAAUACAGCUCCCUAAUACUAUAUCAGCGUUAAUAAAUGCUCAGCAUCAUAGGAGUUGUUUUUCUAAGAUCUGGUUGUUUUUCUUUUGGACUUUUUUUAUUUAUUUUUUUAAAUACCAAUUUUCUUUUUAAAAAUUUCAAAUAAGAUACUUCUGAAUGGCCAAGGUUAUUCAUCUUCUUUGCAAAUUACUUUUUCAGCCAAAAACCAUUAGAUUUUUUUCUGGUCCUCUUUCAAUAGGGAGAGAAAAUGCUAAAUUCCAAAAUGAAACAAUUCUGACAUCUAUAUACCACAUUUAUUAAAAGGUGCACAAUUUGCAAGCAGUGAUCCUCCAUUUUAAUGCAUUCUAAAUAACAUUAAAAUUGGGCAAACUGUUUUUAAAGGUCCUCAAAUUGCAGGUCCAACAAUCAGGUGUCUCCAAAUUUGGUAUGUGUGGUCUAAUCCUGUAAAUCCAUGGAUUUUAUUGGACAUCUAGUUCAGCCCAUGCUCCCAGUCCCACAGAUCUCUAAUUAGCUGUUGACACCCACACUUCAACUGCCAUCAACAUAUUGACAGCUUGGUUCGGUUUUUUGAUCUGGCAGGUAGAGCAAUCUUCAGAACAAGAAACAAGUGGAGGGAUGUAUGAUUGCAGAGAAGUAAAAUCUAUUGUUUAGCAUUAGAAAACCAAAGGGCUGACUUAUAGCUGGAGAUAUAUAUCUCAGCUAUCCUGACAGUUCCAUUAGAGAACUGAAACGUUGAUCUACUACUGGCAGAUGCCUGAAUAAAAGCCAAGUUUUUUUCCACAAUAUAUUUCCUUGGAGUGCUAUCAUUUAAUAUCAUUAGUGUGUGUGUAUAUAUACUAGAGACAGAGAUUGGGUGCAGGACUGCAUCAUAACCUCUGCAAAGAUGCCUAGUUGUUAAGGGUUAAAGUGACACAUUUGUUGGUCUGCCGAAUAAAAAUAUGGUCUAUAUACAGCGUGGCCAAUGUAAAGCCGUUCAGUUCUGCCUUAGUGGUAGUUCUGUAAUUCUUUGAUCAGUGAAAGCAGUUGUUGUGUAAAGCAGUAGUAUGAUUUUUAAAUCUGUGGCCUCUUUCUAAUGCACAUAAAAUCCAUCCGUUGGAAUGUGCUAAACUAAAUAAUGAAUCUUUGUUUAGCAUUUUGUGUCGAAGUGCUAGGAGUCUUGACAUCUCUUGACCUCUCUGUUGCCUUUCAGUGAUCAACAGUAUACUGAUGAAUAUAGGAAUAUAUAGUGACCCUUUUUUUUUUUUUUUUUGUUACAAAAAAUAAUAUACUUUUUUUGUGUGUACACAUACACCUUGUAAUUAUACCAAAGUUUGUGUCCUUACAAUCUGCUGGUAGAACAUACUUGAUGGCCUCACUUUUGCUGCUCUCACCGCAUUUUCUCAUCAUAAGUGUCCACUAACUAGUACUACCAACCAAGUAGUUGAAGGGUUACUCCAACCACCAUGACCACUUCUGCUUUUAGAAGUGGUCGUGGUGGUAGUUUUUCAGAGAUAUUAGCACUUGUGUGAUGGGUGCUCGUUUCACUCCUGGCACAUGUGACUUUUCCUGCCCAGAAAGCUAAAAAUGGGCGGAAUAACAGUUUGUCUCCCCUCCCUCACUACCUUCUCUUACUGAAGUGCUCCCCUCUUCCCUAUAAGCUCCAUUAUUUAUUUGAUUUAUUUAUUUUAAACCCUCCCUCGACUUUUCUCCCCGCUGGUUCCUCGUGCACAUGCACCCUGAGCCAGUAAAACAGUCCAGUCAAAGGGUUAUCUAUGAGAAGCCUUUGAUUGAUCUGUGCGAUGGCUGCGAUGAUGUUAGACGGGGGAAGUGCUAGCAGAGCCGCAGACUGCGCCCGGCAUUGGUUUCAGGUAAACUUUAGCUUAUUUUUACAUUAAUAUUAACAUUUAUGAGGUUGGGGGGUAAAAAAUAAUACCCAAUAGGGCAUUAAGAAUUUGAAAAAGCAAAUGGAGGGGAAAAAAAAAAGGAUUGGCUUAAACCUAGCGUUCCAGGAGUCUAGUAGCUGGUUACCAUAAUUUAAUUUUGCCAAGCUGUUGGAUAGCUCCUAUUCUGUCUAAUAUUCCAUCAGUGAAAGCUAAAAAGACUGCUUAUAGCAUCACAUGCACUUUAAGCCCUUGUUUAGACUGUUCUGUGAAGUGAAUUUUUACCUUCAGUGAAAUUUACUUUUGUUUAAAACACUCCAGAACCCAUAACGCACUCAUACAUUCAAAUGAACUUCUAGUUUUAAGACUUGAUCAGUGGUAUGCUGUAGUUUAAAAUGUUAAACCUUGGCUUAAACGCAACCUAACCAAUAAAGCUCACUGUAGCUGUUAUGGUAACGGAUGUGCUUGGGACAGUCCCAACUGCUUCUGAACUGACACAGACUCAAAAUAUCCUGGCAUCCUCUUCAGAUCUCACUGAGAAAGUUCCUGCCUCAGCAUUAAUUAAGUUAAAAUUCCACCCAUGUUGGGACACAAUUAAUUGGCUGAAGGGGUCAGCUGACAUACUCGGCUAUUAUAUAUCAUACAAUUAGGGACAAAACUGAUAUGUCUAAUGGGAUCAUCCACUUUAUUUUAUUGUUUUUGUUUUGUGUCACACUAUUUGAAAACAGAUCAGCUCUAGUGGUUAUGGUGCAAGGACUGACUUGCUACUAAAAUCAGAUAGUGUCGAUUUGCUGUUCAUGCGCACUAGCCUCCAAAUGGCUAAUUUUAUAUUUAUAUAUAUAUAUAUUACAAACACAGUAUCUCACGUAAGUGAGUACACCCCUCACAUUUUUGUAAAUAUUUUAUAGCUUUUCAUGUGACAACAUUGAAGAAAUUACACUCUGCUACAAUGUGUUAAGUAGUAAGUGUACAGCCUGUAUAACAAUGUAAAUAUGCGGUCCCUUCAAAAUAACUCGACACACAGCCAUUAAUGUCUAAGCCGUUGGUAACAAAAGUGAGUACACCCCUAAGUGGAAAUGUCCAAAUUGGGCCCAAAGUGUCUAUUUUGUGUGGCCAUCAUUUUUCUGCAUUACCUUAACCCUCAUGGGCUUGGAGUUCACCAGAGCUUCACAGGUUGCCACUGGAGUCCUCUUCCACUCCUCCAUGACGACAUCACAGAGCUGGUAGAUGUUAGAGACCUUGCACUCCCCCUCCUUCCAUUUGAGGAUGCCCCACAGAUGCUCAAUAGGGUUUAGAUCUGGAGACAUGCUUGGCCAGUCCAUCACCUUUACCUUCAGCUUCUUUAGCAAGGCAGUGGUCGUCUUGGAGGUGUGUUUUGCAGUCGUUAUCAUGUUGGAAUACUGCCCUGCGGCCCUGUCUCCGAAGGGAGGGGAUCAUGCUUUGCUUCAGUAUGUCACAGUACAUGUUGGCAUUCAUGGUUCCCUCAAUGAACUGUAGCACCCAUGACACUCCCACCACCUUGCUUGUAGGCAAGACACACUUGUCUUUGUACUCAUCACCUGGUUGCCACUACACACGCUUGCCACCGUCAGAACCAAAUAAGUUUAUCUUGGUCUCAUCGGACCACAGGAAAUGGUUCCAGUAGUUCAUAUCCUUAGUCUUCUUGUCUUCAGCAAACUGUUUGCAGGCUUUCUUGUGCAUCAUCUGGGACGACAGCCAUGCAGACCAAUUUGAUGGUGUGUGGCGUAUGGUCUGAGCUGACCCCCCACACCUUCAACCUCUGCAACAAUGCUGGCAGCACUCAUACGUCUAUUUCCCAAAGACAACCUCUGGAUAUGACGCUGAGCACGUGCACCAACUUCUUUGGUUGACCACGGCGAGGCCUUUUCCUGUGAAUCCGCUAUAUGGUCUUGCCCACUGUGCUGCAGCUCAGUUUCAGGGUCUUGGCAAUCUUCUUAUAGCCUAGGCCAUCUUUAUGUAGAGCAACAAUUCUUUUUUUCAGAUCUUCAGAGUUCUUUGCCAUGAGGUGCCAUGUUGAACUUCCAGUGACCAAUAUAAGAGUGUGAGAGCGAUAACACCAACUUUUAACACACCUGAUCCCCAUUCACGCCUGAGACCUUGUAACACUGAGUCACAUGACACUGGGGAGGGAAAAUCGCUAAUUGGGCCCAAUUUGGACAUUUCCCCUUAGGGAUGUACUCACGUUUGUUGCCAAAGGUUUAGACAUUAAUGGCUGUUAUUUUGAGGGGACAGCAAAUGUACACUGUAAUACAGGCUGUACACUUACUACUUUACAUUGUAGCAGAGUGUAAUUUCUUCAGUGUUUUCACAUGAAAAGAUAAAAAAAAAUAUUUACAAAAAUAUGAGGGGUGUGCUCACUUUUGUGAGAUACUGGGUGUGUGUGUGUGUGUGUGUGUGUGUGUGUAUAUAUAUAUAUAUAUAUAUAUAUGUAUGUAUGUACCUUUUUAUUUAAAAUUCUGCAGGUUAGCUGAGUGACCAUAUUGUUUCAUGUUUUUUUUUGUUUAUUUAUUGUAGGUUACUUGGUCAGACCAUUCUGUGACUUCAGUGACAAAAUCACACCACGAGUUGGUUGAAUUCAUUUUAAUGGUAUGUUAAAGAUGAUGUGACUUGGUUUAAUUUGGUAGCAUGGUAGUACCUCUGUUUACCAGAUUUUUAUGCUUUGUAGCUUAAAGGGGGCUUUGGUCAUGUAAUGUUCCUUAAAGGGACACUAUAGUCACCAGAUCAACUACAGCUUAAUGUAGUUGUUCUGGUGAGUAGAAUCAUUACUUGCAUUUUGCAUUUUCAUGCAAACACUGCCUUUUCAGGGAAAAGGCAGUGUUUACAUUGCCCACUAGGGACACCUCCAAGUGGCCACUCCUCAGAUGGUCACUGCAGGUGCUUCCUGGUGCAGUGCUGCACAGUAGGCAGCACUGCAAUUUAGAAUCUUCACGCUCUGCAUGGAGACGCUGAAUUUUCACCAUAGAGAUGCAUUGAUUCAAUGCAUCUCUAUGAGGAGGUGAUGAUUGGCCAAAACGGUCCCCUGCCUCGCCUCCUUGCAAUUUUAAAAUCACCAUGGAGGCAGAUCAGGGAUAGGCCAGCACCAACGGACCCGCGUAGCGCUGGAAAUAAGGCAAGUUUUAAUCCCUUUUAAGGGAAAAAAGAGGAUCAAGCCACCAAAAUGGUGGUUUUAACAUUAUAGGGUCAGGAAUGCAUGUUUGUGUUCCUGACCCUAUAGUGUUCCUUUAAGUCAGGGGUGGGGAACCUUCGGCCCUCCAGAUGUUUUGGACAGCAUCUCCCACAAUGCUUACAGCCAUAAUGCUGGCAAUGUAGUCCAAAACAUCUGGAGGGCCGAAGGUUCCCCACCCCUGCUGUAAGUAGUGUUUAUGAAGAGAAAGUUAUGCUGCCAUGUAAAGUUCCCCAUUGUUUAAAAGAAAUAAUUUUACCUGCAACCCAAUCCGAUGCCUGCUCCAGUGACAUGAUUUUACUGUAGAGGGGGAGGGAUGUCCUGUUGGACUCGGGCGAGGUUAUGCAACACUGCCAUUGAUGGUUUGUCACCAUUAUGCCUUGCAUGCAACAGAUGUCAAUUAUGCCCAGAAUUAAUAUAAGUCUGUCCAGGUCAAGAGAUCUGCUGCCAGAGUGGCAGUUACACCUCUGAUAGCAAAGUGCUCCUUGCAAAGUCUCUGCACAUAGACACCAAGCACCAUAACCACAUCAAAUCAGUAAAGUAGUCAUGUGGAAACAGAACAUGGAAGUGUAGACACUUGAGGAUUACAAAUUAAGCCUUUUUAAUUGUAUAUGAUCUCUUAUGGGAGCAAUGUACCUACAAUGUCAAUCUCUUUUCUUAGCUUCCAAAGGAGUUGUCCACUGAUGCUUUUGAUAAAACCAUUUUGCGUGCACUAAACCUGGGCUCCCAGAAGAGGGAAGAAAGACGUUACACUGACCUGGAACCUAUAAUCAGGUGAGCCACUUUGUAACUAUUCUGAACCUUUCCUGGAAUCAUAAACCUUUCAGAUCGUGGGUGAAUUUAAACAUUUGUGAAAGGGACACUGUAGUCACCAGAACAACUACAGCUUAAUGUAGUUGUUCUGGUAUCUAUAGUAUGUCCCCGAAGGCAUUUUCCAGUUUACAUUACACCUAGUGCCACUCCUCAGACAGCCACUAGAGGUACUUCUUCGGUCAAUGUUGCACAGUGUGCAGCACUGAUGUUCAGCUUCUCCCCCCUCUGCAUGGAGACACAAAUUGCUCCCAUUGUUUUUGUUUUUUUUCCAGUUAGAAAAAAAAAAGAUAUCUCUUUUUAUUUGAAGGAACACUUUAGGGUCAAAAACACAAACAUGUAAUCCUUUCUCUCUUGGCUGACAUUAAAAUUAACAAACUCAGCCAAUCCAAUACUUUACUAUGAGAAAGCAUUGUGAUUGGCUUAAAUCAUCAAUUCUGUUUGUCAGCCAAGGAGACAGAUAAGGGUGGAGCCAGUGGAGCCCUGCAGCGUUAAAAAUAUAGGUACAUUUUACAGCUAGUUGGGGGGUGGGGGGAGCAAAGUGGGGGCAGCAGAGAACCUAAAUAGUGUUUUUAGCACUAUAGCUUCAGGAAUACAUGUUUGUUGUUUUUGACCCUAGCAAUUUGUGGAAAAUGAAAUGUUCAGGGAUUUCAGAUAACUUUCUUGGGAACAUAAUGGUCCAUCAAUUUAUUUAGAUCUCUGCCAUGAUUAUGAAAAUAUAACCUUAUGCCAAGAAUCUUUCCAUGGUACUAUCACAUUAAUAGUCUGCAAAGUAUAGUUUUAUAUUGUAGAAAUUCAAGGUAAGGUUAAAUCAAGACUUGGCUUUAUGUAGCCCCUGUGCCAUAUACAAAAUAAACCGCUUGGUAUAGUCAGUAAUUUUCAGCAUUACAAUGAGUGCAUUUGCUUGUAGACAAUUGACAAGGGAAUUGCAUAUCUUAGACUAAUGUAGCCACAUUGUAAUCAUUCUCCGAUUGUUUAACCAGCUGCGCGCCCUAAAUGUUGCAGUUCCUUUGUUAAUUAUCAGUUUAGUAAGGAAGAAAAAAAGAGAACUCACUUUUUCUUGAGUGUAAGCUUGUUUAGUACUUGCAAAGGUGUCCAUAUGGGUUGUUUUUUAUGUAAAUAAAUAAAACACACCUUUUUGUUUUAUAUAUAAUUUACACCCUGUAACUUGAUCGUAUAAUGCAAUGAAUCAUAUGGCAGAGUGUCCUAGUGCAGUAAAGUAGGUCUAAAUAUAUUCUACUUUUUUCCAAAAUACAUAAUCUGCAGCAAAAUCUUUAAAUUACUUGACAAUAGUGCUCAUUGUCUAUCCCCACAUGCCAACAUGUUAUUUCCAACUUAUUCAGCUUUAGUAGUAGUAGUAAUUUUGUUUUGGAAUAAAAUCAAUAGAAACCUUCAAUGCCAAAUUAAUAGCAUAUAUUCUUGUUCCUUGAAAGUGGUCUGGGUGCACUGUCCCAUGUCCCUUAACCCUGCAAAUGUAAUUUUUAAGAAUCUACCAGACAGUCACUAGAGGGACUUCCUGGCUGUUAGGCAACUUAUAGUAGCCUAACUGACGUUAGAUGUCCUCGCGCUAAGCAUCACCCAAAUCCCCAUAGGAAAGUAUUGUAUAAUGCUUCCUUAUGGGGAAAUCAUAAUGCUAGCGCCGCGCAUGAGCAUUAAGUCUCCCCCACAGACUGAAGGCAGAUCUGAGCCAGGACUGAGAGACAUUGGUGCUGGACUCAGGUACGUAGCAAAAGGUGAGGGGGGAGCUGUAGUGCAAGUUUGUUUUCCUGGCACUAUAAGUUUCCCUUUAAGGGAGUAAUGUCUACAUUGCUGUUUUUUUUAUUUUUUUUAUUCCAUUUCCUUGCCAGUCAUUAUUUUAUGCAUUUUUGGGAUUAUUCAACACAAUAGGAUUUGUGGAGACAUGAAUAGGGAAUUGCAAAUUUUACACCAGAAUAUCAGUUAGUUUUUCCAGUUAGGUUAUUUGGACCUAUACUAACAUUUGCAAAUCCCAUGUUAAUAUCCCUAUUUAGUCAAUAAUGCAAUCCUUCCCUUUUCUCAUAGUAACACUAUUUAUUCAUAUCUAAUAAAGUAUUUGGGGCUUUAGGUUGUAAAAUAAUUUUAAUAAAUGCAUAUAUUGACAAAUAAGUAAACUGUACCCAUGUUUUUCAUGUUAAACAUUCAGCCUUGUUUAUUUGUAAGAAAACUUACUCACCAAGGAAACCUGUUUGUUUUCAAUAAUACGAUUGUUAUGACUUUAUUUUGUAUGUAAUGAAUGUUGCAUAUAAUCAAUUUUACCAUAAACAUUAUUAAUGUGGUUAAUCAAAUGGACACUCCAAGCCCCUCUCUCUGCAGUAUAAGUAGGCAAACCAAUUAUGAAACUGUUUUACUAGUCACCUGGGGACUGUCAUGCCACUACCAGCAUCUGAGAGAUGGAAGCUCUUAAGCAGGAUCUUCCACAUUCUCUCUCCUGAGCUUAAACUGAAGUUGCCAAAUUCUGUAUUUGGUUCUGGGCUAGGCAGCCUUCGGCACUCCAGAUGUUAUGGACUACAUCUUCCUUGAUGCUUUGUCUGAUUUUAGUUAGUUUCACACAUUGAUGGGCUGUGACUUUGUCCGUGUUCCAGAUCGUUGUGUUUUGCAUCAGUCUAUUAUGAGUAGAUCAUUAUUUUCAUAGCGAACAAGCCAUGGUAAUGUACAGGGACAAAUAAUAGUUCACUAAAAACAAACAUGCAUUUGUUGGUAAAUACUGUAAAUAUUUUUCCUUCAUUCUUCAAUGUAGUACUGCAGUUUGGAAUGCACCAUCCAUUUUAAUUUAACUUUUUGUCUUCCCUUUUAGACAGUUAUUUUCAUCUCCAUCGCAGGCUAUGCUGCAAAAUCCGCGAGUACAUAAAUUCUUCCAGGCGUCCUUGGAAUCUAGCCAUCUUCACAGUAAGCAUCUGUCUUUUCAAUGCCACAAAAUGGGCUGCUUGCUAACUAGAUACUGUGUACAAGUGGUGGUUUACUGUAGUCAAUUGUGAACAAGUACAUAGAUUUGAAGAUUGUAAUAGCUUUGGUGUACUAAUAAUUUUAAUGACAGGAGGAGAGUAUAUUGCAUAAUCUUCCUUUACUACUCCAUAAGAUAGAUAUAUAUAUAUGACUGGAACGUUGUGUGAAUUUGUAAUUGCUCAAUAAAGCAACAGAUGAAAUUUACCUUGAAAGACUCCGGAGUGCUCUCUACUGGUAUUGUAUACAAUUUGGUUGGAGACAGCACCGGAGCAUCAAAAGACCGGGAGCAUUGAGUGCUGGGACCUGGGACGUAUAUAUGUGUGUGUGUAUAUAUAUAUAUAUGUGUAUAUAUAUAUAUAUAUAUAUAUGUAGAUAUGUAUAUAUAUAUAUAUGUGUCUAUAUAUGUAUGUAUAUGUGAACCAAUCAGAGACAGGCAGGGAGUAUAAGAUACGCCUUCCACUGAGUCACUUCCUCUUGAUAACAGCGACAUCACAAGUCACAUGAUCAACUGAAGAACCAUAUGGAAUAAGGAAGACGGUUCAAAUUCCAGGAACGAUGAAGAAUGGUUAUUCAUUCAAAACUGGGAACAAUGAAUAUCCUUGUACUCUUGAUGUAGACGAUCUCUUUGUGUCUUUUAAGCUGAAAGAGACAGUGUGUUUUAGUGAUAUGAAAUGUAAACCCUCACAUAAAAGGUGCGCAAUAAUCUGGUACGAUCGCAAUCUAUCGUGAUCUAUAAAAGUUAACAAACGUAUCAUAAUAUAGCUACCCAAUAUAUAAUAUCUAUACAUAUAUCAACUAUAUAUGAAAAACAACCCCAACUUUCCAUUUAGGAUGAAUAGAGUCAAUUACAUAAUCACAAGUAAACGACCAGUAUCAUAUUGAUAACCUACAUCAUCUACCCGGAGAUGCAAACCCGCCUGAAUGGGAGGGAAAUUCAAUAGGGGGGAAAUUACUUGCCUCCUGUCAUUAUUAAAAUUUAGAUUAUUAGUACACUAUAGCUAGUAUAAUCUUCAAUUUCAUCACAUGACAGGAGGCUUCAUAUUUUGCAUUUUUAAAGCUAAGGUAAUAGAGAGAAAGUGGCAAUGGUGGACGGGUGAGCGUAAAACUCGGUUCUUGUCACUAGUCUACAGAGAGCAAUAUAUCUGAUAAGGAGGCCCCUGCUGUGAAGGUGGAAAAGGACGCCGCACCCAAAACAGAGUGUGCGCCGAAGGAAGGGUAAAUCCCGGCAAGAUAUAAAAGCCAUCGUACCCAGCGGGUCAAGGUGGUAACUGAGAUUUGCCCAUGUGGCUUAACGUAGGACACCAAUAAUUGUCGGGAAGAGGUCAUCGUAGCCUGGCCGUAGGCGUGCAGUGUCUGGACCUCGUAAAGUUGGGUUCCAAUGGAAAAAAAAUUAUGGGGAAAAAAAACAACAUUGAGUCCAUCUUGUACAUCGUGACACCUUCCGGAUAAUACGAGAAGGCAUCCACGUGGAAUUCUCGAAUGUCUGAAAUCCGACCAAUUGACCCGUGAAUUCCAAGCUGAGAGGUAACACUUUCUCGUUCCAAGGGCCACUUGAGUCCCAGAGUAUAUCUCUAGCCGUUGACGAUAAAUAAUCGGUGCAUCAAACACCCCCGAAAGACGCCAGGCCACUAAAGAGAGUUGUCCUUGUAGCAUGGGUUGAGGAUUCCCCAGGGAAUCCGUGAGUAUCAUCUGAUCGUCUGUUAACAAGGAGAACAUUUAUCAUGUACUGACAAACUGUAAGAUAAACACACAACUGACAGGGAAUAAAAGGGGAUAAAGUAGGUACACAGACAUCCCAAGUCUAUACCAUACAAAACCAGCCUCCCCACUAUCAGAUAAAACCCUAAAUUAUUAUUUUAUGAUUUAUAUAGCGCCAUCACAUUCCGUAGCGCUGUACAAACACAUUGCAGUAAGAAAAGAAAGAAAUCAAUCAAGUAAAGAAGUAAAAUUUAAGUAAAUAGAACAAGACAAGCCAACAAAGUGUGUAGACACUAGGGAUCGACCGAUUAUCGGUUUUGCGGAUAUCGUCUGACAUUCGGUAUUUUCGGCAAUAUCGCUAUCGGCCAAUAAAGAUACUGAUAUUGGCAAUAAUACAUAACAGGACCACUGGGCCCAUGUCAAGCCCAGCGGUCCUGGAGGGCCCACAGCAAGCUCUUACUUACCAUACCAGCAGCUCCCUGUGUAAAUCUUGCGAGUCCCGCGGCCGUCAGAACGUUGCCACAGGUUACCAUUGCAACGCUCCGCGCAGCACACAGACCGCAAGAUUUACACAGGGAGCUGCUGGUAUGGUAAGAGCUUCCUGCAUGCCCCCACUGCUCAAUACAUGCCACCGAAUCACACACACUCUGAUAUAUAUAUAUAUAUAUAUAUAUUUUAUCUAUAUCUCUGUAUAUCUAUCUCUCUAUCAAUAUCUAGAUCUAUAUAUCUAUCAAUAUCUAUAUACACACACACACACACACUCUCUGCAUUCAUUAUAUAUAUAUAUAUGCACACACACACCCACUCUGCAUUCAUUAUAUGCACACACCCACUCUGCAUUCAUUAUAUGCACACACCCACUCUGCAUUCAUUAUAUACACACACCCACUCUGCAUUCAUUAUAUACACACACCCACUCUGCAUUCAUUAUAUACACACUCACUCUGCAUUCAUUAUAUACACACUCACUCUGCAUUCAUUAUAUACACACACUCACUCUGCAUUCAUUAUAUACACACUCACUCUGCAUUCAUUAUAUACACACACUCACUCUGCAUUCAUUAUAUACACACACUCACUCUGCAUUCAUUAUAUACACACACACACUCUGCAUUCAUUAUAUACAUACACACACACACACACACACUCUGCAUUCAUUAUAUACAUACAUACACACACACACACACACUCUGCAUUCAUUAUAUACAUACAUACACACACACACACACACUCUGCAUUCAUUAUAUACAUACACACACACACACACUCUGCAUUCAUUAUAUACAUACACACACACACACACUCUGCAUUCAUUAUAUACACACACACACUCUGCAUUCAUUAUAUACACACACACACUCUGCAUUCAUUGUAUACACACACACACACACACUCUGCAUUCAUUGUAUACACACACGCACACUCUGCAUUCAUUAUAUACACACACGCACACUCUGCAUUCAUUAUAUAUAUAUAUAUACACACACACACACACACACACACACACACACACACACUCUGCAUUCAUUAUACACACACACACAGUUUAAAGAAUUUCACACACCAUUCUCCUUUUCUUUCUCUGCCUUUAGCUGACAUGUGCAUAAUGCCACUUCCACCCACUACAAGGCUCAUGAUAGUUCUGUGCUUUAUAUGAAAUUUAUAUAUUUACUGUGCUUUAUUUGAGGUUGUGUACUAUGUUUGUUGUAUGUGAAUUAAUGCAAAAAGACUGUAUGAUACUAAUAUCAUGUAAGAUUGCAUUUAACCAGAUAACACAAACAUGUGGUGCAUAAAACCUCCCCUGGCAAUAUAUUUUUAAAAUCCUUCUGGUUUUUUUUGGAUUCUAGGUGUCACAAAACACAAUCGGUCCACAUAUCUGAUGUGGUAAUGUUUAUCAGAGCUUAGUGCAUUAACAGAAAUGUAGGCAUUCACUUUUGUACAACAAGGCUGUUCGUGCAGUGAUUCCAGAUUAGCUAGAGGAGCAGAGUUAAUGCCAUACAUGUCACAAUACUUCAAAGCUAAUCCUUUUGAAUUGAUUAUGCUAAGCUGAGAGAGUUGUAGAAAUUCCAAAAUCAAAGUGUGGACAAUUGAUUGCUACACUACAAACACUCAACACAACGUUGCUGUUUAGCAAUAGAAUGGCAAAAAGAGGUCUGUAAUGCGGUAAAACAUGAAGCCUUAUUUAAACUUCUGUAUAUUAUCUUUUAAGCAAAAUGUGACUGAUAAAGACUGGCAGUUACUUUUAUUUGUGUUAUUAUGCAAAUUGUGGCAUUUGUUUAAAAUUACUUUGUGAAGAUAGUUGAACAAAGCUCUUAGAUAUUUUUUUUUCAGUGGUGGGAUGUCAUUGACACUUAUUGUAUCUCACUAUGAACACAAUAAUACUUUCAAUGUCUCAAAGUAUCCUUGUCUCUUCUUUAUGAGAGAACAUUAUUGACAUAUGUUCCUCUUUGAUGUUUUACAGAUAACUUAGUGGCCGCUCCCAAGUCAUGCAAAACUCCAGAGCUUUUUAAAGAAGACAGCUCCGAGGCCUCCAGUCAGGAAGAAGGUGCGUUAUGUACAGACUUUAAACUUUUAUAGCUGAUUGAUAAAAUACCCUCAGUUGAUUGAAAUCAAUCAAUUUGUAUAUUUUCCAGGUCUACUUCUAAUCUACAUGGCAAUGUCUAUGAACUGUUGGUCUUUUAAUGAAAAGGCAAACCCAAUCUUUACAUGAAUAUUAGUUAUUGGUCCUUGUUGGCAGGCACUUAUUGUCUGAUAUGAUUUUCUGUUUCCUCUUAGAUAUUCAGCAGCAUGUGGCACACAAGAAGCCUGCUGGAAAAUGUCCAGUUGCACAGUAAGCGUUUUUAUAACAAUUUGGUGUUUCUAUGAAGUGGAAUGUAUCCAUCGAAUUCUAGAGAAGCAGGACUCACUAUCUCACUGCCCAUUAGUCGCAUGCAUCAUUUUAAAUUUUUUGACUUGUGAUAAAAAUGUGCUAUAGUAAUACAGAGUUGAUGGGAUUUCAUGGUUUUCUAUUGCUCAUCUGGCCAUUAUUGUGAUUCAACAUCAUGGAAUAUGCACAGGAUUCCAAAAUUGUUGGGAUCCUGAAAUUGCGCAUUUAAGAAAAAAAAAAUAUUGAGUCUGGUCAGGAGACACAAGCUCACUUUCAUCUGCAACUGGGAGUUUUACUCCAUCACCUUUUUUUUUUUUUUUUUAAAUAAAGAACUGUUUUUGGUUAGAGAAGCCCUUACUGGCAUAUCCCCCAACAGAAGAAAAAACACACUUAUCCCAGGUCCCAUGAUUAAUCCAAGUUCUCCCUACAGCCUUUGAUGUCACUUUUCCUGGAAGGUCAUCCAGAAGGCGGGCUGAGGGAGGACUUGGAUAGCAUGGAGUGGUUUUCAGAUACAAAACUCUUGUUGACAAAUGGUCCUGAUUUUGUAUUAAAAGAGUAGAUCCACUAACAGAGUUGAUAGACCCUAGGAAGGCACUAAUAUAAACAUUUGCAAACGAGUCACCAUGAACAAGUUGAAAAAUACUCCAUAUUUUCAAAUUUUCUUGUCAAAAUUUUUUUACUUGUUAAAGGAAUGCCAAGAUAUUUUAGGAGCUUAGCAGUGCUAUGUAAAGUUUAAAAGAUUUGUUUUAAGUUUAGUUUUAAGGCUGCAUGGUUCUUUCUCAUUUAUGACGCAAGUGGAAACUGGUGAUCAUAUAUUUAGCAAAAUCCAAGUAUCCUCUAGUUCUGAUUUUGUCCGUGAAGUAGUGUGUGAUUGCUGUUUAGUAGAUAAUCGUUAAGCGAGAUCAGGCGGAGUACAUGUCUGUGUUGGGGAAACAAUUUAAUAAAGCAGGGCUAUGUGCAGUCAUACGCUUAUGGUGUGUACUUUUGUAAUUGCAUUUGUUAUUUGAUAUUUUUCUGAUGGGCGUAUAUUGAAUGUGUCCAUAACAUGCUUUACUGUCUCAACAGCACCCUGGGUCCUAAAAGUUGCUCUUUAAACAGACUUCACAUGCCACACUGCGAACAAAAUGGUGGCACAGACUGGAGGAACAAAAACGGUCCUAUUUGCCUGCAUUACGAGCACUACAGAAACUCAGGGCACCAGGUGAGCUGUAUUUUGCAGUUUAAAAAACAAAAAACUGUAUUGACAACCUUAAAUUGCUUUGGUUUUAUCACUUGUCUGUUGUAAGUUCUAGAUUAAUUUUACAUUCUAUAGAUAUAUUUAUUUAAAGGAACACUUGAAGCACCAUAACCAUUGCAGUGCCCUGGCCCUCCCUCCCCACUGUAAGGUUUCCAGCCAUUUUCAAACCCCAGUUAAAAAGGCAAAAUGUUGACUCGUUAAAAUGGGGGUUGGGGGUAAUUUCUUUGGAUUUAUUUAAUCUUAUUUUUUUGUUUAGUGUUUUUUGGAAUGUGUUGUGUGUUACAAAAACUAUAGUUGUAUGUGUGACCCUGGCAUGGUGUUUAAAGCACUCUGUCUUUAUACAUCUAUUGUAAUGUAUGCUUGUGCAACAAAUUAGAUACUAAAACCGUUGCUGUCUUUCCAGCGCGCAACAGAUAAAUGUUAUUCAUUCCCAGCCGGCUCAGAAUCCACAUCCGAAAGGUAAUUUUUGAUUUUCCUUUUCUUGUCAAAGUACUGGAGAAAUAGUAUGAAGGUUAAAAUUUCUAAAAGAUAAAAUUCACUGCAUUAUAAAUUUGCCCAUUAUCUUUUAUAAAAAAAAAAAGUGGAUUAUUGUACUUUUUCCCCCCUGUUUUACAAGGCAGCUUUAAACCCUCAUUUCAUGCGUAUAUUCAUAGGUCUUUGCUGCAUUGAUCUUGUAUCUGAGUGGUGGUAAUGUCUACUUAUUCACUUAGACUUGGCACAGGCCGUUAUUCAGAUUUAGACAUGCUCACAUUUCCCAGCUGUUGUGGUUUCCUGUGUCCUGCUAGCCAAGUAAUUAAGGUUACCAGUAAUUAAAGGGAUACUGCAGGCCUGGCCUCCCAGCAGACAUUUUGGAGUCCCUUACACAGCUCAAGGCCUGGACUCAGAGGGUCGGCCCUGAUUUUACCCACAGGGCCCAAAUCUGAAGCCCCACAGGGAGUGGAGGGGGAUGUGUUACUGUAGAGGAUGUAAUGUGUGAUUAUGGCAUUUAGUGUUUAGAAAUUAAAACUUUCAUCAAUUAACCUUGUUACACAACCCGUGGCUGUCAAUUAGACACGUGCUGUUACUUCCUGGUUUGUUUAGCUCAGAGCCAAGAGCACCUCCUUGCAAAGACUUUUCACUGAGCUACACUGGGAAGCCUGUGUAAUGACAGUCACAGAUUGGUUUCAGAUAUGUUCCUAUGAAAAAUUCACGUUUUUAUUUGGGGUAUAUCUACUAAACAGCAGUUAAUUUUGUAGACUAACAAUUUUAGUCGACUAACAUUUUUGGCAUUUAGUCGACUAAGACUAAAAAUUCAGAUGACUAAAAUGGCAUUUUAGUCAAAAGACUAUAACUAAAAGUGAAUUGAAAUGUAGUUUUAGUCAUAGUUUGCCAAAAUUAACACUGCACAGAGGGGCUGUGAAAGGGACAAAAGAGACACACCAGGGUUUGGGAGAGACGCCUAAAGACACAGAGGGGCUGGGGAAGGGGUAAAAGAGACAGAGGUUUUAUUUAAAGUCAUUAGAUUUUAGUUGUGUUGACUAAAAUCUCCACUCAAGCCUACUGGAGAUUUAGUCGGCUCAAGCCUACUGGAGAUUUAGUCGGCUCAAGCCUAUUGGAGAUUUAGUCGGCUCAAGCCUACUGGAGAUUUAGUCGGCUCAAGCCUACUGGAGAUUUAGUCGGCUCAAGCCUACUGGAGAUUUAGUCGGCUCAAGCCUACUGGAGAUUUAGUCGGCUCAAGCCUACUGGAGAUUUAGUCGGCUCAAGCCUACUUGAGAUUUAGUCGGCUCAAGCCUACUGGAGAUUUAGUCGGCUAAAAUGAACACUGCUAAAUAGUAAUUUUUGUUUUGUAUUUGGACAGUGGCGUAUCUGUACAUAAUGUGGUAUCACUAUGUAGUGUGAAGAAAAAAAGUGUGCUUCCUGUAUAAUGACAGUACAAAGUAGAAAUAUCAGUUAAGGAUUGGGGGGAUGGAAGCAAUGACAGGUUUACUUAUACCAUUUGACUACUUUCCCCUUGAAGGGUUACUACCUACACAUAAAGCACUUAAGCUUGUUGAAGUGCUUUAUUUGUGAACUAUGUGUCCCUAAUAAAGUGAGUAAAUUAUAUCAAAAUAAAUAAUAUUUUUUAAUAGUAUUAUUUCGUAGGAAAAGUCACAAUAGGGGGCAAAAGAUAAAUAUUAUAAUCUAUAUUUAAUAUUAAUAAUGACCUCUCAGUUACUGUCAGCCUGGAGUGUGCUCUUCCUCUCUUGCUUUGGACACUCGUUCAAAGUAUUUGUGUGAGGCCCACCAUAGAGAAGCAUUGAAUUGGCCUAAGACGUCCUCACUAGUAAGGAUUUCCCAGAAGCAGAGUGUAAAAGACACUCUCGCAGCUGGAUUACAGGUAAGUGACUUGAUGAGGUUUACAAGUUGGCUUACUGAGUUCAAUUUAGCAAAUGUAAAACGAAGGCUUUAUGAAGCUCAAACUGAGCAUGAGUGCACACAAAACAAUUUCCCUGACUGACCAUGUAUAUUCACUGACACAAUUUCUUAAGCGGUUUACCAAGUACUAUAGCAGUUUUUACUCAAGAAAAAGGAGGCAUCUGUAUGUUGGUAAAAAAAGUGGAAAACACCCAGAAUACGUAUGAGUUAAUAUAUGGAUUGUAAAACAACCUGAUAUAGGAUGUGAUCCAUUUAUGAAUUCUGUGUAAGAAUCAAAAUGCUGACAUAGCGUGAUACAGUAAAAAAGGAAUAAAUGUAUAAAUAUAAGUGAUUGUAGAUACUCACAAAUGCACGUGAAAUAAGGCUUUUCACCCUCUCAGGGGUAAUAUGUAGUACGAUGAAUGGACUGGAAAAUCACCUCAUAGGAUAUAUGCAAAUGAAGGAAAUCGAAGAUAGUGAAGUUUGUAGAACACACAAGAUGCAUGGAGGAUAUCCACUGGUCACUGAUGGGGAAAAGACACAUACAUCUCCAGAGAUGGAGCCCCUGGACGGAAUUCUGGGGGAAGCCCUUGGGAGGGCAAAGGACUCGGACGCCCUUAGAUUAGCGCACCGAAGGCCCAGACGUGCUAGCGACUUACAGCCCCAUUUUGAGUCACCAUGGUAGACACCAUUCAAGGCACACUCACUACCAUAUUAUGAUGAUGUAAGAGGCAGGACACCCCUAACCCCCACCCCCUCCCCUGUUUCAUGUUUUCACCCAUGGCUCGUUGCCGACCUAAGUUACACUCCGAUCUCUCCGAUGACUUAUGACAGAGACUGCCCCGUAUCCGAUUGAAUAAUACAGGAGUUAACAUACCGUAUAUACUUGAGUAUAAGCCGAGUUUUUCAGCACAUUUUUUGUGCUGAAAAACCCCAACUCGGCUUAUACUCGAGUCAGUGUCUGCAUUAUGCCAAUUUACAUUGCCAUAAUACAGACUGGGGGCUGGCAGAGCUGUUACUUACCUCUCCUGCAGCUCCUGUCUCCUGCAGCUUUCUCCUCCUCCGCGCCGGUCCGGUCAGCACCUCGUCAGCUCCCAGUGUAAGUCUCGCGAGAGCCGCGGGGUCAUAGUGCAGCUCUCGCGAGACUUACAGUGGUAAGCUGACAGAAGAGCUGCACGGACCGGCGCGGAGGAGGAGAGAGCUGACAGGAGCUGCUGGAGAGGUAAGUAACAGCUCUGCCAGCCCCCCUCCUCCCCCCACUGAACUGCCAAUGCCACUGGACCACCAGGGAAGGAGAGCCCCCCUCCCUGCCAUGUAUCAAGCAGGGAGGGGGGACAACAAAAUAAAUAUAAUAAUAAAAUAUUAAAAAUAAUAAUAAAACAAAAAAAUUUAAAUAAUAUUAAUUAAUAAUAAUAAAAAAUAAUUAAAAAAAAUAAUAUAACCAAAAAAAUUAAAAUAAUAAAUAAUAUUAUAUAUUUUUUUUUUAUAAAAAUGCCCACCCCCCACCAAGGCUCUGCAACACAAACACACACACUGCAUCACACACACACACUGCAUCACACACACACACUGCAUCACACACACACACUGCAUCACACACACACACACACACCGCACUCCACACACACACACCGCAUCACACACACACACACACCGCACACACACACACACUGCACCACACACACACACCGCACCACACACACACACCGCACCACACACACACCGCACCUCACACCGCAACUCACACACACACACCGCACCUCCAUACACACACCGCACCCAUACACACACCGCAACUCCUAUACAAACACACACUGCACCACACACACACUGCAUUCAUACACACACACACACACACACACUGCAUUCAUACACACACACACACACACACACUGCAUUCAUACACACACACUGCACUCAUACACACACCCUGCAUUCAUACACACACCGCACUCAUACACACACACCGCACUCAUACACACACACUGCACUCAUACACACACUGCAUUCAUACACACACUGCAUUCAUACACACUGCAUUCAUACACACACACUGCAUUCAUACACACACACUGCAUUCAUACACACACUGCACUCAUACACACAUACUGCAUUCAUACACACAUACACUGCACUCAUACACACACACUGCGCACUCAUAUACACACUGCAUUUAUACACACACUGCGCACUCAUAUACACACUGCAUUUAUACACACACUGCGCACUCAUAUACACACACACUGCAUUCAUACACACACUGCGCACUCAUAUACACACUGCAUUUAUACACACACUGCGCACUCAUACACACACACUGCAUUCAUCAUAUACACACACUGUAAAUAAAUAUUCAAUUAAUAUAAUUUUUUUAGGAUCUAAUUUUAUUUAGAAAUUUACCAGUAGCUGCUGCAUUUCACACCCUAGUCUUAUACUCGAGUCAAUAAGUUUUCCCAGUUUUUUGGGGUAAAAUUAGGGGCCUCGGCUUAUAUUCGGGUCGGCUUAUACUCGAGUAUAUACGGUAUUAUUAAAACCGCUCCAGGGACCAUGCAGUCAUCUUCCCACAGAACGAUACGAUAUAUGCAAUUGCACGAACUGUUAUAUGACCCUAUUAUGUAUGCAUUGAAUGCCACCUAUUUCUUUUUUCUGUAUCCCAUAAAUUUAUAUAAUCGGAAAUAAAGAAAAAUUUAAAAAAAAAAAAGAUAGUGAAGUUUGUUAUAAAAAUACAAAAUCACAUUUAUUGGUCACACUUACAUGUGUGUAUAUCACAAAGAGCGUAUCUCCCAAUAACCUGGAACUCCAUACAGUGUGGUCAUCAGUCCAGACUUCUACAGGACGAAACGCGUUGGAUUCUUUCUAUAUGGACUUAUAUUCUGUAUUGUUGUUUUACUUUGCAUUUUAACUUUUUAUUUAUUUGCAUUCUGGCUGUUUACUCAUAACCACUCCUGUUAGAUCCUAUUUUGGACUGAUGACCACACUGUAUGGAGUUCCAGGUUAUUGGGAGAUACGCUCUUUGUGAUAUACACACAUGUAAGUGUGACCAAUAAAUGUGAUUUUGUAUUUUUAUAACAAACUUCACUAUCUUCGAUUUCCUUUAUUUGCAUAUAUCCUAUGAGGUGAUUUUCCAGUCCAUUCAUCGUACUACAUAUUACCCCUGAGAGGGUGAAAAGCCUUAUUUCACGUGCGUUUGUGAGUGUAUCUACAAUCACUUAUAUUUAUACAUUUAUUCCUUUUUUAUUGUAUCACGCUAUGUCAGCAUUUUGAUUCUUACACAGAAAUCAUAAAUGGAUCACAUCCUAUAUCAGGUUGUUUUACAAUCCAUAUAUUAACUCAUACGUAUUCUGGGUGUUUUCCACUUUUUUUGCUAUUUUAUGUUGUCUCUUGGGUGUCUGUGAGGUACACCUGGGAAUUCUUCCAGUUAUACGUCUCUAUUUCACAUUUGUAGUGUAUAUACUGUUUUUUGCUCAUAUCUGUAUGUUGGUGUUUGUCUUUUUGCAUGUAAUGGUUUGGCAGGCAUCAUGCAGGCAUUGUUCUGAGAGUGAAUGCCUUUUUAGACUGGUAUUUUGGUGCUAUGUAGCUGAUCUAUGUAUGUUUGCUUUUUACAUUUUUAUAUGUUUUUCUUACCCCCAAUCAGAAAUGUGGAGAAAAUUGAAGGCCAGUCCGUCUGCAUAGUGAAUGGGGUCAAGCCAACUCAGAUUAUGAAGAACAGUAUUGUUAAAGGUAUGGUACAUGUUUUGUAAUGAUCGGUUUCAGGUUUUGUUUGAGUUAUUCACACAUUCAUGUUUGCAACAGCAUUUGUUACUUCCAAGGCCUCUCUAGUUGAGUCGACUAAGUCUGCCUCUGGUUUAAAAGCAUGCCUGUCAUAAGGAAUUCUGAUGCUGCUUUACUUCUGGAGAUUUUUUUUUAUAUUCAGGGUUUAAAAUGUGAAGUUACAUGCUACCAGCUAGGCUAAACGUUAUUCACCAUUGUGAGCCAUAGUACACACUCCAGGUUUUGCUUUAUACUCACCAGGGCUAAGCUAAAAAAACAAACAAAAAAAACCUCUGCAACACUUCCAGCAUUGCACCAUGAUACUAUAGGCCCAUUAAUACAUGAUUGGAAACUUGCAUAUAAAUGACAUACAUACAUACAUAGAAACAUAGAAUGUGACAGCAGAUAAAAAACAUUCAGCCUAUCUAGUCUGCCCAAUGUUCUAAAUACUUUCAUUAGUCCCUGGCCUUAUCUUAUAGUUAGGGGGUAGCCUUAUGCCUAUCCCACGCAUGCUUAAACUCCUUUACUGUGUUAACCUCUACCACUUCGGCUGGAAGGCUAUUCCAUGCAUCCACUACCCUCUCAGUAAAGUAAUACUUCCUGAUAUUAUUUUUAAACCUUUGUCCCUCUAAUUUAAGACUGUCCUCUUGUUGUGGUAGUUUUUCUUCUUUUAAAUAUUGUCUCCUCCUUUACUGUGUUAAUUCCUUUUAUAUAUUUAAAUGUUUCUAUCAUAUCCCCCAUGUCUAAUCUUUCCUCCAAGCUAUACAUGUUAAGAUCCUUUAACCUUUCCUUGAAAGUGUUAUCCUGCAAUCCAUGAACCAGUUUAGUAGCCCUUCUCUGAACUCUAUACAAAGUAUCAAUAUCCUUCUUGAGAAACGGUCUGUACAAUGGCAUGAGCACUUCCCUCUUUCUACUGCUAAUACCUCUCCCUAUACAACCAAGCAUUCUGCUAGCAUUUCCAGCUACUCUAUUACAUUGUCUGCCUACCUUUAAUUCAUCAGAAAUAAUUACCCCUUAAUCCCUUUCCUCAGAUGUUAAGGUUAGGACUUUAUCAAACAUUCUGUACUCUGCCCUUGGGUUUUUUACGUCCACGAUGCAUUAUCUUGCACUUACCCACAUUAAAUGUCAGUUGCCACAACUCUGACCAUUUUUCUAGUUUACCUAAAUCAUUUGCCAUUUGGCUUAUCCCUCCUGGAAAAUCAAACUUGUUACAUAUCUUCGUAUCAUCAGCAAAAAGACAUGCCUUACCAUUAAGACCUUCUGCAAUGUCAUUAAUAAAAAAUAUUAAAGAGAAUGGGUCCAAGUACAGAUCCCUGACGUACCCCACUGGUGACAAGCCCAUGCUUCGAAUAUACUGCACCACCCUGAUCUAUUAUUUUAGUUACUCAAUCAAAAAAUCAAUUAGAUUAGUUUGGCAUGAUCUCCCUGAAGUAAACCAAUGUUGUCUCUGAUCUUGAAAUCCAUGUGAUUUUAGAUGUUCAACAAUCCUAUCCUUUAACAUGAUUUCCAUUACUUUCCCCACUAUUGAAGUAAGGCUUACUGGCCUAUAGUUGCCCGACUCCUCCCUACUACCUUUCUUGUGAAUGGGCAUAACAUUCGCUUACUUCCAAUCUUCUGGGACUACUCCUGUUAACAAUGGUUAAAUAAAUCUGUUAAUGGUUUUGAUAGUACGCCACUAAGCUCUUUUAAUAACUUUGGAUGUAUUCUAUCAGUGCCCAUUGACUUGUCUUUACUUUUGACAGCUGAAAUAGAACCUCUUCCUUUGUAAACUCACAUGUAACAAAUUACUCAUAUGUCCUUUUUCCUAACUGAGGCCUCUUUUCUUGAUUUUCAUCUGUAAAUACUGAACACAAAUAUUCAUUGAGGCAGUUAGCUAGACCUUUAUCCUCCUACAUACCUUCCUCCUUUUGUUUUUAAUCUAACUAAUACUUGUUUUACUUUCCUUUUCUCAUUUAUGUAUCUAAACUAUUUUGUCCCCUUUUUAUUUUUUUACUGACUGUGCUAUCUAUCUGUGAGAUUUGGAAGCCCUUCUAACUUGCUUAGCCUCUUUCUGCCUAUUCUUAUAGAUCUGUCUAUCUUCCUCACUCUGGAUUUUCUUAUAAUUACUAAAUGCUAACUUUUAGUUUUACCAUUCUGGCCACAUUUGCGGAGUACCACAGUGGUUUUUUGAAUUUUUUGCUUUUUCUGACAAGCCUAAUGCAAUUUUCUGUUGCCUUCAACAGUGCAACUUUUAAAUAAUCCCAUUUCUUUUGGACUCCAUUGCUCCAGUCUGAUGAUGACUCCUUUACACAUAUCCUAAUUUUAGAAAAGUCUGUUUUUCUAAAGUCUAAAACAUUAGUUUUUGUGUGGUGUGACUCAGUCACUGUUCGUAUAUUAAACCACACUUACUAAUGAUCACUGGAUCCUAAACUUUCACCUACAGUAAUAUGUGAUACCAAAUCUCCAUUUGUUAACACUAAAUCUAGUAUGGCCUCUUUACGAGUUGGCUCCUCAAUGACUUGUUUUAGAGACAAUCCCAGUAGGGAGUUUAGAAUAUGUGUGCUCCUUGCACAAGCAGCUAUUUUUUGUUUUCCAAUUUACAUCAGGAAGAUUAAAGUCACCCAUGAUGAUAACUUUCCCCUUCAUUGUCAUUUUAGCUAUUUCCUCAACUAGUAAUUAUCUAACUCUUCAAUUUGUCCUGGGGGCCUAUAAAUCACACCUACAUGAGUUACUGUGUGAUUACCAAAACUCUGAAAAUUCAGUUAUGCAACAGCAGAUCAGUGAGAUUACUAAUAAAUUCCUGGAGCGUGGGUAUGACAAAUUUAUCUUGGAAAAGGCGUUAGCGAAAGCAAAGAAUGCACACGCCAGACCAAGUCCCAAGGUGCCAUCCAGCCUUUUUUUCCCUAUGACUUAUCAUAAUAGGGCUAGUCAAGUUACUAAUAUGUUGAAGAAAAAUUGGAAUUUGAUGUCAGCAGAUGAUUCUUUACCAUCUACAUUCAAGGAACCACCCAUGAUCUGCUAUCGCAGAAAUAGGAACCUUCGUUAUAUGCUCGUGUUUUGAGCUACCAGAAGGAACAAAAUAUUCAGAUUAGGGGAAGUGUUAGAUGUCUCAGUUGCAUGACAUGUGGACAUAAGGUCCUGUCACAUACCUUUAAUCAUCCACAUAGUAACAAACGUUACAAUAUACUAUAACAUGUCGGACCCCGUUUGUCAUUUAUAAAUUCACUUGCCCACGCGUGCUAGCCUAUAUAGGCAAAACAGAUACUCCAUUAUGCGAGCGCAUUAGGGGACAUAGGUCCAAUGUACGUACUGCUUACCGGGAUGGCCACUCAGAUAAGCCAGUGGCAAAACAUUUUUUAGAGUUGGGUCAUUCUUUGGCCACAUACCCCAACCACAUAGGGGGGACCGCAGUAAGAUGUUAUGGAAAGAGACAUUUUGGAUCUUUCAACUAAACCCAAUGUCCCCACGUGGACUAAAUGAAUUAAUAUCUUACCAUCCCUUCAUAUAAGGAAACUACAUCUGAACAUUUGUUUGAGGAACAUCGCCUUCAUAGUGAAGUUUUGAUUUUUAUUGUUAUUUUUCAUUUUUAUUUUUUCAGUAUUUUGAGGAUUUUUGUCCCAUGGAUUAUAUUUAAAGAUGUUUUGGCACCAUAUCCCAUGUUCUACUUAUAUAGUGUGAAGAGAAACUAUUUGUCUUUGACUAAAUUACUAUUUGGUGGCAAUGUUACUAUUAUGUAUAUAUGUAUAGUUUUGAGCAGCAACUUAAGUUUGGAAAUGGCUGUUCUAGUCUUUAUGUUCAGACUUGUUUUCCAGCAUGGUAUUUCUUUAAAAUUGCAGUCUAGAUCUGUUAACUCUGCAUGUGGGCAGUAGUCGGAUUCUAUUACCGAUAGAAUUAUUCUCUUUUAAGGAGUAGCCUCUAUAUUAGUGGUUAUUAAGGGAGUAUAUGUAUGAUCUCUUAAACUGGUAGAUGCCUUCUGCAUAUGGAUACUGGGUCUUAGUACAUAUAGCAUUUUGGUGCUUUUUGAUUGGGCACUUGGUGUCUUUUCUAUACAUUAGUUGGGAUCUGUUCUGUGUUUCUGUGGAGUGUUUUGGCGUUCUAAUGUAACUAUAACAACCAGUCACGUCCGCAUACAGCACUUCCGGGUUUCUCACGCUGGCACAUGCGCACAUGGUUGUGGGAGACGCCGACACUCCGGUUCACUUCACCUGCGCUGAGUCAUUUUCUUUUUCUUAUCGGGUAUAUAAUACAGCAUUGGAGGUUAGUGUGGUAUUGUCAGUUCAUCCUGAGGAAACCCCCGGAUGAGGGCUGAAACAUUGGUGUGACAAUGUUGUGACAGCUAUUUGAAUAAAGAAAUUCCUGUUUUCACUUUUUCAAGUCCGUGAGUGCAAGCUGCUUUUUUUAUGUGUAUGUAUGUAUGUGUAUAUAUUUAUUUUUUUAUAUAGAUAUUUACAUUUUAGUCUGUUUUAAACCAGCAUAUUAAGCUAUGUUAGUUUUUACUUGAGUAUUAAGUAUUCAUGUAAGGGUCUAGAACGCCUUUAUUAAAGUGACCUUUUUAUAAUGGGGAUUUACAAAUCAAGCAUAUAGUCGUUACAUACCUAUAUGCUGGGGUUUGGCUUUCAGCAUAUUCCAUAUUCUACAGUACAUGCAUUCCUGACAUACUUGGGUGCUAACCUCCUGAUUACAUAUGCAGUAAACCCCUGUGUUGACAUUUACAGAGUCUUCAAACGGGUCAAAAUAAUAGAUAAUACCAACAUCAUAAAUUAUUAGUUGUCUCGGUACCUCCCGCUCUGUUACAUACAGCCUGUAUAUAAGUAAAUGGUUGCCAGCAAAAUUGUCUCUCCUUACUAAUGGAAAAUGCAUAAAGUGUGGUUCUUAACAUAGUAAGUGAACCAAUGUAAAAUGAUAUUCUUGUGCAUUCUCACACACUUGUUGGGUAAAGUACUUUUAUUUCCAAACAUAGUCUAAGCAAAGCGGUGCAGUCUCAGGGUACACAUUGUAACAGUUAUAUACUCUGAUGAAUCAGUGAUCUUAAUAUAAAUGGAUCAUUAUAACCCAGAUCAUGCAAAACAUUAUUACUGAAAAACUUUAAAUGGUUUUCUGCCUUUAUCUUUUAAAUUAUAGUUAUUAUGGCAGUUUCCUUUUACAUGCCUCUUCUAAUGUGAUGCAUGGUAAGAUACCUCUUAAGUUUUAUUUGCUUGGUUUGUUUAAGAAAUAGAUAGACAUAAAUGGUUGAAAGAACAUGUUUGUCUUUCUUGUUUCUAGAGCCCAUUUUGGAGGUUGGGUCUGGGCAUGAAACAGGUGGAGAAACCUCUUCGGAGAGCUACAGUUCCCCCUCUAGUCCCAGACAUGACAGGAGAGAGAGCUUUGAAAGUGAAGAAGAGAAAGAUCGAGGUUGGCUUUCAAGGGGUAGUUUGUGGGAAUAACAGGGGAAUGUUCUUUUCUAAUGUUAUUCUAGGAUGGUCAAAACAAGUAGACAAGACUUCUUAAAAAGCUAUGCAAGAGUGUUUCAUGUGUCUCAAGAGUACUCCAUUUAAAAUUGAAACCCUUCCACUUCAAAUAUAUUUUUUUACUUUUUGUUAAUGAUGUGCCCAGAAUUUUUAGGACAUGUUAAAAACAGGUUCUACAUGCAAGUCAAAGAGUGCAUUCUUAUUUUGAAACCACCUAUCAUAUUAGCAACUAAUAUAGUUGAGUUCUUCAUGUGGUUAUACUGGUCUGCUUUGUAAAUGUGACAUUGCCUACCACUGUGAACACAAAAUGUUAUAAUGGUUUUGUAUGCGUUCUAAAAUGAGAUUUAAAAAUGUCCUUGGUUCUGUAUCCUGGUCUGCCUGCAAAACAACAUUUAUGUCUGUCAUGUUGCACAUCUUCUCUACAACCUAUUUAGUUGUUCUGUCACCUAUCGUAUCUAUUUUGUGUUGCUCUGUUCAAGGCCCUGGCAGUGGCACUGACCACCUAGAGGGGGGAGCAUUUAAAUACAAUCUAAUAAUGUUAGAUCAGCACUUGCAAAGUGUACAAAUAUCAAAAACUUUGCCCUGAUGGGUCAGUGUGAAAUCCUAUUACACAGUGGAAUAUUUCUUGUACCGGUGGUUAACCCUUGAAAAAUCAUUGGUGUGUGUGCAAUGUUGCUCUCAUUUGCCUUCUUAUUGAACUAUCUCUGGGUGCUUAUUUUGUUGAAAAUUAUUUUGCUUUCAUGUACUCUAUUAAUUAUUUUAGUUACUUUUUAAUUUUAUGGAAACAAACAUCUGGUUCUCCUAGGUUUUGCUAGCCAUAGUUCUCCUAGCUACUUUUGCAAUCAAUUGUGGUGAAGGAGGCAGUUGCAGUCCAACAGUGGCAGUAAGUUGCCCAAGGUUGCGUGAGACUUACAUUUUGAUUUUCACUACUCCGUUGAGAGGCAGAUACAACUUCCAAUACAAGUAGGUAUUGUAGGAAUACAGUUAUGUAUUCUUAAAACUAUAGUGUUCAUUUAAUCUUUUUCAUAUACCUUAAUUCUAUUUUCUUAUCAGUGUAAAAUUAUUGUUUUGUAACAGCCCAUUAUGUUAAAAUUCACCUUCUAUUUGAUUCUAUGGAUGAUCCUGAGAACAUCAGGUUUGGCAAAUAAAAGAAAUCUUUAAAACUAUUCUGUUUUUUUCUGUUUUCAUGUUUAAUCCUAGUUUUAGAUACUGUGAUUUAGAAUUAGAUUAGCUUGCAUUUGUCCACAUAUAUAAAUUAAUCUGAUCUUUAAUGGUUUUGACUAAUUCCUCUAAUUCCUCUAAUUAUGUGUUUAGUGUAUCGUCUUUUAAAGUUUAAGCACAUUGUAUUAGGUUGUAUUUAUUUACAAAUUGUUUUUUACUUUUUCUUUGUGGAUCUGUCUGCAAUCUUUGCAAGCCUACCCCUCUUUUCCCAACACAUACUUUCAGGGGCUUUUUCGUUGGCGGGAAAGUAGGUGCACUCUGGCCCAGCAUGUGCCUGAGCUUGUCCCUAGGACGUGGAAGUGAAAACACUUCCUUACAUUUUUUUUUAAUUUUUUUUAUUUUUUUUAAAUAGACCUUACUUGGUAAUAUAUGAUGCUGACUUCUGACUUCCUUACAAAUUUAUUAUGUUGGUGUCUGAACCAAGUGACAUCUGUUACAGCAUUCCUUUACUUCUUUGGAAAAGUGUGACAAGCAAUCACAAUAGUCACAGCAGCCGCUGCGCACCAUUGUACUUGCAUUGAGGAAGAGCUAGUAAACCAUUCUAUUGUUGCUUAUUUCUUUGCCUAAAUAUCUCUGCAAUAAUUGACAGGUGAUGGAAGGGUUUUGUUUUUUUUUGUUUUUUUUUAAGCUAUACAUUUGCUAGCAAUUCUGCUAGUACAGAAUGUUAGUUUUUCCUCUCUAACUUGUAAAAUAAAAUAGACAAUAACAGCUCCAGGAAAAGACAUCAGCUUAAUUUGAAUUUGGCGUUUUUAUUGGAUGCUUGAUUCAGCCAUUCAACAUACAGCCUGUUGUCAAAUCUUGGUCAUAGACUAGAAAAUAUUGAAAUGAGGAAAAACAAAUGAUGGUCCCCAGUCAGCUGUAAAAUUACAGUAUCUGUGACAAUUAUCUAAAUAACUGUGUGCAGUGUCUCCUAUAGUACAUUUUAGUUAUCAGAUGUGAGUGAUGGUGUGUUUAACCUUGGAUACAUUAAAUACCCAUCAGCCAAAAGGCAAGUGUAAUUUGUUGCUAUAUGAAAUUACUUGCAUAUAUACCAUAUAUUCACCUUGUUGUUAAUGAGCCAGUUCAAAAUUUAGAUGACUUUAUAAAUCAGUUUGCUAAAUUUCACAUGUUGAGUUGGAAUUUUCAUUUUAUUAUUUAUAAAAGUAAAUUAUUUACUGUUUGUAAAAUUUCCUGUCCCAAGGAAUCUGCUAUAUUUGUCUUUAAUUUUUUGAGUGCAUUUUCUAAUAUGAUUUUGAUUGUGUCAUUUCUAGAUACAGACAGUAACUCUGAGGAUUCCACAAAAAACAGAGUUCCGAGUUUCACAUCUUUUGGUACUGGCAAUACAUCCGCAGCCAAACUAUCAGCACAGCUUGGUAUCCGCAAUGAAAGCCUUUUGGAUGACUCCGUGAACUCCAAGUAUCCUCACAUUCCCUUCAUACAUUGCUUGAUGCAAAAUGGUGCUGAGAAGCUGGAAGCUGUAAUAUCACCCACCAUACCCACUGCUAUGAAGGCACUUGGCACACCGGUUAGUCCAGUUACAAUGUCUCAUGCAAGGGAAACAUGUCACCAGUGCUCUCUUGUGGUGUCACCAGUUCCUUCAGCCAUAGGAGAUUCAGAAAAGCGUGUGGACCUACUGGCUUCCUCUCAGCAUGGCCCAUCAUCCUUCCUUCCACGUAACUGUCAGCCAAGCAAUUCUUUGCAUUUACCGGUUCACAGGCUGAAAAUGCCUUCUCAGGGGCAGUCGGAAACCAGUACAGUGAAUGGGUCCACACAGACUGGCUUGAAUCUAGGCUCUACCAACCCUGGCUUCAUUCCCAUUCAUAGUCCUGGGGGAUUUCAAGCAUCUCCUGUAAUGGUAUCAGACCCUAUAUCUAAACCUGUUUCACAAAUAGUAGGCCUUAAUCAGGUAGUGCCUCAUUUAGAUGGAAAUGCUGGAGCCAUGCCUCCAUCUGUUAACCUAAAAUUGGUUCUCCCAGCCACUAACCUGUCCCCAGCACCACCAUCUGUACCUUAUCCUUUGUCAGGGGCAACUCUUGCAUCUGGUGUGUUGCCCACCCCAAAUACCAAUGUGCUAAAUGCUGCUGUCACCGCUGCUUCUUCUCAGCCUGCCAAUGUUAUUAUGGGACAGGUACAGGCUGGAAUUCCACCUGCUGUUCCUACCCACACACCUGGACCAGCACCAAGUCCAAGCCCUGCAUUGACUCACAGUACUGCACAGAGUGACAGCACUUCCUUUAUCAGUGCUGCUGUUGGCAAUACCAGCACAAAUGGCACCCUCAUACCACCUCAACAGAUGGCUCCUGGCACAUGUGGCUCAUGUGGUCGCCGAUGCGGAUGUGCAAACAGUGGAGUACCACCUAUGGGAAGUUACUAUUAUGCCAACCACAUGCCUGGACAGGUGUACAGAGUUCCACCAUUCUUUCAAUUGCCCUCUAUUUGCAAUGGCACCUACCUCAACCAAGCACAUCAAAGUAAUGGGACACAGAUUCCCUUCUUCCUACAAACACCCUACACAAAUGGACUUAUGCAUGACCCUGUGCUUGGGGGACAGGCUAAUUAUGGCAUGCAGCAGAUAACAAAUUUUCCAAGAUUCUAUCCAAUGUACACAGCACCUAAUGUAGUAGCCAACUCCAAUGCAUCAGGGCCUAAGAAAAAUGGGAAUGUGUUUUGCUCCAACUGUGGGUUAGCUGGGCAUUUUGCACAGGAGUGUAAACAGCCCUCUAUGGAUGCCAAUCAGCAAGGUAAUCGUGAUAGUAGCCAAAGGACUUGUUUCUAAAUGUGCUAGUAUUUCCCUUCUCCUUGUUCGUGACUUAGAUGUAUGUGUGAAUGAGUAUUUUCUUUCUUUGACUGUCUACAAUGGUGCAGUGUUCUUUUAUGGAAUUUCCUCACCACUGAUUGUGAGAUCCUUGCUAAGACUAUAGGGAGGGUGGGUGUGCAAAUAGCUUAUACAUUUCCUUAUGUUUUUAAUCCUUUUUGUACCUGAUCAUUUCAUAACUGUGUGCCUCAGUAACAUCUUGUCGGUAUCUGUUAUAUUUGUUGAGAAGAGGGUACUUAGUGUUAGCCUUGAGUGGCCAAAUGAAAACAAAAGGGGCAAAAAAAUAAUUAUCCCAACAUAACAUAUGCAAAAAAAUAUAUAAAAAUCAUACAUUGAAAAUAAAAAUCCAGAUUUGGUUGAAUAACAAAACAUGGGGCUUGAAUUCUGAGUUAACAAAAGUGCCUCUCGUUUUCAUUUUUUUUUUUUUCUUUCUUUUUUUUUUGUCCCAAUUUAUAAUUUAUACAUGAUCUGUUUCCGUUAUAAGCAUUGACUUAGCAGUUCUUUUUCCUGUUCUAGGAUUUUUCAGGCUGAGGUAUGCAUCUCCCCUUUCCCCCUCCCAUGAUACCUUGGAUUCUGCUGACUGACACAAGUUCACAAAAAAUAUAUAAUAAAUGACAAUGUCUACCUGUACAGUUUACGGUGUGGAAGUUUCAGUUUACCUUUUUGAUGCUGUUUAUAGGAGAUAAUCGUUUGCCACCAGUUUAAUGGAGAAAAGAAACGCAGCACUGUGCCAUUAAAUGUAAAUCCUGAAUUGAACAUUAUACAUUAAUGAUUCUGUGCAUUAUUUGGACGCAGCCUUACACGGAAAUAAACAAAUUAAAGUUGUUGGAUUCCCAGUGCUACUUUCUUGGAAGCACUCUGCAAGCAAAUAUGAAGUUCGGUAUACUGCAUCGUGUUAAUCUUACAGGUUCAUCUUCAGCCUAACUCUGCUACAGCAACUUGAACCGCCCUGAGAACAUUUGAUCUUGGUGUUAAUUCAUGCAAAAAGCAUGGUUCUAGAGUGGGGGGGGAGGGGGUGGGGUAAGAGGAAGGAAUCUAUGUUGAAUGAAAUAUGUACCUUUUAGUUAGUUUGAGAAUCAGAUUUAAAUGUCAGAAGGGCAAAACCUGGCAAAUACAAAUACUUUUUUUUACUUUGUCAAGCCUAUGCUUGUAAAACUAUGAACUCCUCACUCAGCCUUUUUUAGUCUGUUCCAAAUAUUUAUUUCUUAUAUUUUAAGAAACUAUGAAUUGAGCGACCUUUUUGAAAGACAGGCUUUUAUUUAGUGGAGUGAAAGCCAACCUUUGUCUGUGGCUAAAAAGAAAUGUAAUUUUGGCAACAAGUUUGUAUAUAGAUUCUCAACAGUACAUACAAGAUAUUUUCCACUUUAGAUUCUAACAGUAUUUAGUACAGUUUCUCCCACAUUCUGCCCAGUGUGUAGAGCAACUGAAUUUAUUUUCAACCUUUAACAAUCUACCACUGAGUGUGCUACAUAAUGUGAAUGUUUUGUUUGUUAAAAUGUAUCCGUGUAAUGUCAAAGGUUUAAUGCUGCUGUUCAGAUUUUUUUUAAGAUAUCUUAAAUAGCCAACCAACAUGCACUAAGUCUUUCUUCCAGAUAACAGUUUAUUAUAAUUUUAUUUUUUAUUUUUUUUUGUGCACUGAUGUUAUCGGGAGAUAAUCGUAUAUAUCUUUAUCAUGUGUUCAAACAGCAGUGGGUUACCAGCACUGUACAAUGCCCUUCCCCCAUGCAUUCCUUAAUUCCCUCCUAUGGGAUAUUCCAGUCUGUUUAAUACUUUUGGCUUCAUCAGUACUAUGUUCUGUCUCACAGGAAGCCAAAUAUGGCAGUACAACACAAUUAAUGACGGGUUAUCUAUACAAAUAUAUAUUUAUAUGUAUUUAUAUAUCAGAUCCGUGGUGUAUGGUAGGGAGGAAAAGGCUUCCAUCUAUAAAAGCCACUUCAUGAUUUCUAAAACUUGAACGGAAAAAAAAUAAAAAUUAGUUGAAACUAUUUUCCUUUAAAUAUUUUAUGCUACAUUUUGAGAAGCUACAAGGCAGUUAAAGUGUUGGUGCAAAAUAUAAAUAUAGUUUAUACAAAGCUUUAAUUUAAGAAUAAGAUAUUUUAUUUGAUUAUUUUUGGACGUAAUUGGUUUAAAAAGCAGUUAAGCUGUUUAUGGGAAAGGUAGACCAUGAAACCUCAUUGGUAUGAUCUAUCAGCCAGACAUGCCUAAAAUGCAGGUUAAAAUGAGGAUUCAGAUACUGUACUGUAAGCCGAGGGGUUACCUUUGCUUCCUUUGUAUGUUUACCAUAUACUUUGAUAUUUCAAUUAUCUACUGGAAAAAAGGUUACUUAUAUUUCUAGAAAAGAAUUUCAAUUUUAUGCAAACUUAUUUCCUUGAAUUAACAGCAAUAAAAAAUAAUAAAAAACAGGAAACCAUAAUCUGUCUGACCAUGUCUUCUUUUUAUGUCAGUAGUUGUUUAUGAAUGCUGUUUGUGAAGGGUUUGUAUUCAGCCAUUUGUCUUUCAACUCUCUACAAUUUGUAAAUGCUUUCAAAUAUAGCUAAAAGUAAACCAAAAUAAGAAGCUGAAUUUGGCAUCAUAAUUAU